GGGAGAAGCUGCUCAGUGCAUACAGAGACUGAUUCAUGCUGAGCCACACACAGCGGAUACCCAGGAUUCUGACAGCCAGCUCCUUGCCAGGAGUCCUCCAUACAUAGGAUUCCAUUUGGAACUACCCCAACACAGCAAGCUUCCACACGUGACCGUGCCUUCUCCUUGAAUGCGAUGGUGAGGAGGAAGCCUGAAGGGGCUUAUCGUCACAUGUAUUGACCGCUUGGGGCCAUUAUCUGGGAAGAAGUUAUCCAGAGCCCGCCUUCCCCUACCCUUCAGCUCUGGGAUGGGAGCGGUGACAGGUUGGUUCCUCCCAUUCAUCUCCAGCGAUCACAUGAGCCAAGAUAAAGCGUCUCAUUAGACUACCAGCAUGGCGGCCAGGAAUACAGCUGUGAGAGGGCUACCCCCAGCCCCUGUAAUCACGCUACAUGCACACCCAAGGCCGUGUUAGAAGAGGGCAUGGCGCCAGGCAUGUCUCACCAACCAUCAUGGCACAAACCCUGUUGCAGAAGCUUUUCAGUAAAAGAUGUGGCUCAGCCUCUUCUGUCAGGGUUGCCGAGGAAGAGCCUGCUUUCAGGUGAGCGCAUGGGGGCCACUAUUCAUGUCAUCACAUGCUCAAAAUGCUUUAAUGGCAAAUUAAUGCUGGUAGCCUGACAGGGAUGUAUUAGCAAUCGGUAGUCUCCAGUCCAAGUUCAUAUAAAUGAUCAGGGUUGACCCCUCUGUUGUAAGGCACGGUGGGGGUAGUUCACAGUAAUGAAGAUGGCUUGGGAGAUAAAUUACUGCCUUGUGUUAUCACCUGCACUUGUAAGCAGGAUGGUAAAAUCUUGCAGUCUUAUGGGUUGCAUAAUUUUGCACACUAAAUAUUUUUCAUUAUUUGGUAUAAAAAUGUGUUUUUGUUUUCUAAUUUUACAUGGCAUCCUCUAGCUUUCCUCCAACUAAAGCUGCCUAGAUCAAAGUUGUAAUGAUGUAAAAUCGCAUACUUGAAGAAUAAGUAAAAUGGUUACACCAUGGAAACUUCACUACUUUAAAGUGGCUAUGGUGCGUGGAGUCUGUAUGUGCAUUCUUUUGCUAUGAAUAGCGAAACCCCUUUGCUGCCAGAGGUGUAACCACCUCCAGCCGUGUCAUUUGGCCAUGAUUAUUAAACCUGGAACAAGAAUUCCAUGUGGCCAAUAUGCAUCCUGUGAAAUUGUGGUUUCAGAUGCCACCCCAUCACCACCACAGUGAACAUGUGCUUUGCUCAGUGAGGGCAGGAGUAAAGGAGUAAGCCUUUAAAGGGACACUCCAAGCACCAAAACAACUUUAUCUUAAUUAAGUUGUUAUGGUGCCAGGAGGACACUGGAGGCACUUUUACAUCAAGAGGUUAAACCGUUGUUGAAUGGUUUAAACCCUAAAUUGUCUCCAGAGCAGGUCUCAGCUUCCCAGGCAGGGGCACCGCUGCUUGGCUAAGAGCGUUUAGCUGAUGCUCUCAGCCAAUCACUGAUUUCCCAUUCACUAAAUUGGCUGGAAAAGGUACUUUUCUUUCCAAGCCAGUUUUUAGCAGCAGCAACUGUUUUGCUGCAGGUAAUAGGGGAACCUCUUGUUCAUUAGGGAGUCAUUAGAUAAAUGGGGCUUCCCUCUGUCAGCUGGAUCCUAAUAUAUUGUCCCUACGUUGACCGAUCUGCGUGCAUCUGUUAUAUCCCUGCUCACACCAUGUAGCCCCAAAUAGCAAUUGAUUCUUUGGGAAUUCUUCUGUCAGCUGGAGCCACAUCAGCAGAGGGAAUCUGUUUAACGCUAUUGCAUGGCUAGGGUUUGGUAUAGGAUUAGGGUAAAAGGGCCAGACAGAGCGUAAACUCUGUAACAGCGACAGGUUUCCUUUAAAACUGGAAUAGUCAGGUUUCUUAUAUGGCACUGUAACUUUGCAAGAUAGUGGCAAAGGCAUAUAUUGGGGGCAUUGUAGUACUCAGAAAAUGUAGCUGAACACAAUGUGAUGUUUUGUACAAGAGUAGUACACAUCAGGUUUACGAAAUACACAUAAAAAAACUUGUAUGGUAACACAUAUAAAAAAAACCCCCACAAUUUUACUAGAAUAUUAAGCAGAGAUUGUCAGUUAAAUUGCUAUGUAAAAAAAGUGUCAAAAUCCCCUUCAGUAAGUUUCUUGUGAUGUUUACUUUAUGUAAACAAAUACUUUUGUGUGGCAAUUUUGCUUUCAGUGAUGGCUAUUAAGCGUACAAAACAAACAUGGCAAGUUCUAAAAUUGCUGAACAUUGAAAUUUUAUUGUACUCCUUGUAUUUUGUGACCUGUGACUGCCAAAAAUAUUUAUAUAGUCUGUAAAUCAGGACAAAUAAAUUAAAGGAACACUAUAGGAAAUAUUUAUUCCUGACCCUUUAAUGUUAAAAAAAAAACCCACACAUCUUACUUUUAUUUCAGUCUGCUGCUGCUGGCUCUGCCCCUGAUCUACCUGCUUGGCUGACAUCAGAAGUGGUGAUUUUGGCUGAGCUUGUCAAGGAGGCAGGUUAGGGGCAGGGCCAGCACAAGCCAAACACAGUCCUGGCCAAUCAGCAUCUCCUCAUAGAGAUGCAUUGAAUCAAUGCAUCUCUAUGAGGAAAGCUCAGCGUCUCCAUGCAGCGUUUCAAGCCAGUUUUAUGAAUGGGGAGUCUCUGACCCCUCUCUGCCAAUCAUGCCACAUGCCGCCUGGGUGGAAGUGAGAUUGGCACUGGAUGCUCACUUUGAACAGUUUAAUCUCUUGAGGUAAGAGUGCGUCCAGGGUCCUCCUGGCAUCAUAACCAUUUAUAUGAAGUUUUUAUGGUGCCAAGAGUGCCCCUUUAAAUAAAACCAAUUAUAACACAGCAACUAAACCACUACUGUCACGAACGCACCCUAUUUCAAGAGUGUGCAGGACGUAGUUGUGGUGGUGAAAGGGUUAAAGUUCACUAUUUGUCUGCACUAGACCGGAAAUAAUGUUAAAAUCCCACUUAACGCCACCCACACUUAAGCAUAAUAAUAUAAAUAUUACGGGGGCUUGGCUGACUGCCGAGCAAGUAGGCCGCUUAGGAAUUUGCUCCAGCACAUGGGCUCCAUUAACAACAAUAUUUAAGCCAGCAGAAACACUCAUCACCCCAACUAACUAUGUCUCAACCCAAAACAAAGAAGUCUACCUCAAGAGCUGAAAAGCUCAGCUUUUUCGGCCAAAAGUAAUUCUCCGCGUCGGAGGCCACGCGGGCCGCCCUUCAAGAUGGCGCUGAGGACCACGAUUCCAGCUCUCACAACGCACUACUGGACGAGUCCCAACCCUCAGAAGGCCUCACAAGGGGCUUAUACAUACCUGGCAAUUGAUGGCAGACCAAAUUAAGAAGGAGGUCCUGGACCUCUCCACCAGAACGUCCUCCGUGGAACUGCAAUGCAAGGACUUAACCUCAACACAAAAUGAACAUGAACAACUUGCGUUUGCGAGGAAUCCCAGAAUCAGUCCUCCCCGACAACCUGCAAAUAUAUAUGCGAGGUCUAAUGCAUGCCUAUGCCCCAGAAAUACUCUCAGACAUGCUGCUAGUCGACAGAGUCCACAGGGUCGCAAAGCCGAAGUACCUGCCAGACUCCACACCCCGCAAUGUCCUACUCCGGGCACAUUACCACAUAAAGGAACUCAUCCUCCGAGCCUACUGCAACAAACCCGACCCACACGAUGACUACCCCUCCGUGCACAUCAUGGCAGAUGUGUCCGCGGCAACACUUAGGCGCAGAAGAGACUUCCAACAAGGCACUUUGGAGCUGAGGAACCAGGGGAUUUGUAACAGGUGGGGCUUCCCCUUGAAGCUAAUCCUUGCAGAAAUGGGGAAGCAAAAUUCUUCUUAACCCCGGAGGAAGGCAUGAAGGCACUCGAGGAGCGGGGCCCAUGCACCAAGAGGCCUGCAGACGUCUUACCCACAUCUCCCCACUAAGGCCGCAAGACCACUGUGGACUAAACUAAUGAACUGGCCAUUCAGGAAAAAAAAACCCUGUCGCAAGUAUCUUAUUAGCUCAAGUUCUUUCCAUGAUGUCAAAUUUAUGUUUUUCUUUUUUAUUUCUCUCACAAAUAUGAUGUAGUACUUAAGCGCAAACGCACGUGUUCAGGUACCAACCCUCCCAAUGAUCGCAGUUACGGUCUUCGUGCCAACGGAAUAAGAAGGUAGCACACUUCGAUAGCCAAAUAGGGCCAACCCUAUGGGACUGGAAUCCCCUCCCCAAGAUGCUAUGCCCAUACCAUGCCACCCAGCUGCAAAUCCUCCCUACUGGGAACUCAAUGCGUGCACCCAACCGGGAGUGCCCCUCCCCCCGGGCGUACUUCACCUACACGACGCCCUAGACAGCCAUACACCUUCUCCUACUGCAUACGACCCUGGUGGCGGGUGGAGGUGUAGAGAGGGGAAACUUGGCGAAGCCUGCACAGGGCGACCUGUGCAGCACGACUUGGAAACAAUCCGGCGGCCUAGAGUCGCACCACCUGCCGGCUCACACAGGACACCUAAUUGCUCCAUGCUUGCACCGCAAAACGAUAAGUUACCUCGCAACCCACCUGACAUAGCACACCUAGGGAUGAGCCAGGCAACACGGACCACUUGGUGCCCCAUUAGCUUACCCCGCAGCCAGUCUUAAGAGUGCAACCUAGGGGGUCCCCCCAUUACAAACGCCCAACCAAAAGUGGAAAUGCCUGCAUGUUGCUACACAAAUGGUGCCUAUAGUAUAGCACUGGACGGAACCAUCCUAAAUUGUCAACAUAAGUGCUUCUGUUAAAAAUGUUACUUGUGUAUUUUUUUUUUUUUUUUAAUGAAAAUAUUUUUAUUCAGUAUUAGUAUAUCAUACAGGUACAUACACAUACAUUAAAUACAGCUCACGUUGUAACAAAUAUUCCUUUUCAAAUAUUUUCUAAGUCAUACAAUUCAUUGAUUGCAUUGAAACAAGAUGUAAGAAGAGCAAGUUAGUCCACAUUGUCCUACACGUAAUAAUCAUAUACAUAUUGAUCAUACAGUUAUAAUGAAUAGUAGAAGUACAGUAUUUCACAAAUGAGUGUAGACAGCGGGUAAAUAUGUGGAACUGCACAUAUGACAUGGAUCUGUACAAUAAAAGUGAUGUAGGUAACCUGUGCAAACUCGGGUGACGUCAGGAAGAAAAGAGGAAGGGAAAGGGGAGGGGUAACGAGCCACGUUAGAACUAAGACCCUUAGGUUUAGCACCUAUAUGACAACUCAUUAGUUGUAUCUUUAUCCCAGUAUGUAGUAUAAACUUUCGCGGGGGGGGGCUGACCUCAGCACCACCAGUCCUGUGAUUUAAGUACCAGAAAGUUGGGCUUAAUUCUUAGAAUUUUGGAACAAAUCCCAUUGAUUCCACGCAUCUUUCCAAAAGUGUUGUGGAGGCAUAGAAACAUAGAAUGUGACGGCAGAUAAGAACCAUUCGGCCCAUCUAGUCUGCCCAAUUUUCUAAAUACUUUCAUUAGUCCCUAGCCUUAUCUUAUAGUUAGGAUAGCCUUAUGCCUAUCCCACGCAUGCUUAAACUCAUUUACUGUGUUAACCUCUACCACUUCAGCUGGAAGGCUAUUCCAUGCAUCCACUACCCUCUCAGUAAAGUAAUACUUCCUGAUGUUAUUUUUAAACCUUUGUCCAUCUAAUUUAAGACUGUGUCCUCUUGUUGUGGUUUUUCUUCUUUUAAAUAUAGUCUCCUCCUUUACUGUGUUGAUUCCCUUUAUAUAUUUAAAUGUUUCUAUCAUAUCCCCCCCUGUCUCGUCUUUCCUCCAAGCUAUACAUGUUAAGAUCCUUUAACCUUUCCUGGUAAGUUUUAUCCCACAAUCCAUGAACCAGUUUAGUAGCCCUUCUCUGAACCCUCUCUAAGGUAUCAAUAUCCUUCUGAAGAUACGGUCUCCAGUACUGUGUACAAUACUCCAAGUGAGGUCUCACCAGUGUUCUGUACAAUGGCAUGAGCACUUCCCUCUUUCUACUGCUAAUACCUCUCCCUAUACAACCAAGCAUUCUGCUAGCAUUUCCUGCUGCUCUAUUACAUUGUCUGCCUACCUUUAAGUCAUCAGAAAUAAUCACCCCUAAAUCCCUUUCCUCAUAUGUUGAGGUUAGGACUCUAUCAAAUAUUCUGUACUCUGCCCUUGGGUUUUUACGUCCAAGAUGCAUUAUCUUGCACUUAUCCACAUUAAAUGUCAGUUGCCACAAUUCUGACCAUUUUUCUAGUUUACCUAAAUCAUUUGCCAUUUGGCUUAUCCCUCCUGGAACAUCAACCCUGUUACAUAUCUUAGUAUCAUCAGCAAAAAGACAUACCUUACCAUCAAGACCUUCUGCAAUAUCACUAAUAAAAAUAUUAAAGAGAAUGGGUCCAAGUACAGAUCCCUGAGGUACCCCACUGGUGACAAGUCCAAGCUUCGAAUAUAUUCCAUUAACUACAACCCUCUGUUGCCUAUCACUCAGCCACUGCCUUACCCAUUCAACAAUAUUUGAAUCCAAACUUAAAGGACCACUCUAGGCACCCAGACCACUUCAGCAAUGAAGUGGUCUGGGUCUCUCUAGGGUUAACCCAUUUUUUCAUAAUUAUAGCAGUUUCAGAGAAACUGCUUUAAUUAUGAAUGGGUUAAGCCUUCCCCCUAAUCCUCUAGUGGCUGUCUCAUUGACAGCCACUAGAGGCGCUUGCGUGCUUCUCACUGUGAUUUCCACAGUGAGAGCACGCAAGCGUCCAUAGGAAAGCAUUGUAAAUGCUUUCCUAUGCGACGGGCUGAAUGCGCGCGCAGCUCUUGCCGCGCGUGCGCAUUCAGCCCAGGAGGAGGAACGGAGGAGGAUCGGAGGAGGAGAGCUCCCCGCCCAGCGCUGGAAAAAGGUAAGUUUUUACCCCUUUCCACCUUCCAGAGCCGGGCGGGAGGGGGACCCUGAGGGUGGGGGCACCCUCAGGGUACUAUAGUGCCAGGAAAACGAGUGUUUUCCUGGCACUAUAGUGGUCCUUUAAAGAUUGCAGUUUAUUGAUAAGCCUUCUAUGUGCAACAGUGUCAAAAGCCUUACUGAAAUCUAGGUAAGCAAUGUCUACUGCACCACCCUGAUCUAUAAUUUUUGUUACCCGAUCAAAAAAAUCAAUAAGAUUGUGUGGGAGCUCCCUCCCACACUAACUAGAGAGCUGGCAAAUCCCAGACGCCAGGGCGAAAUUUCUUGUUGCCGUGGCGAUCUGACGCCUGAGAUUUGUUGAGCCCUGCUUUAAGCUUAAUGACUCCUCGGAGGUAUCAGCCCUGUCUGUCUGGCAAGCCCACAAACCGGUCAUGAGAGGACUAUUGAUACAUUGCGAAAACAAUAACGAGAACACAUUGACCUCCUGAGAAAGUUCCGAGACACGACAAACGCCCACCUCCUGCAACCGUCAGACACAUACGCCAAAACUGUAAUAGACAUCACCAACCAAAUCAAUACCCUGACCCUCAAUAAGACCGCACACAUCUAAACAAAUUGAAACUGAAAGCAUACACUCAGGGGAACCUAUAGCAACAUUUCUCUGACAGAAACAAGCGAACUCCAAAAUUCCAUACCUAAUUGCAGGAGCAAAGAUCCACAACCCUCAAGAUAUAAAUUACGAAAUGGCAGAUACAACCAUACACUCUACAAGUUAAACGAUAACUCCUUGCACCUACCUACCGAUCAGGAAAUAGACGACUUCCUACAACAGAUGAUGUUGCCCACACUAUUGACAGCACAUAAACACACCAUGCAAAGGGGGGAGGGAGGAUGGUCCCAAGUGUACUAUCCCUAGACGCUGAAAAAGCCUUUGACAGUUUCACUGGCCCUUCCUGCUCACAGUUCUCUGGAAGUUUGAAUUUCCGUCCCAAUUCCUGUCACUCAUCACUGCACUCUACUCCUCCCCAACAGCCCGAGUAGUAAAUGGGGGAUUCAUGUAAAAAAAAAUGUUCACCAUCUCAAAUAGCUCAAGGCAAGGCUGCCGCUCUCCCUAAUACUAGCACUAGAGCCCUUAACAAAACUGAUACAAGACGACCCAAACAUACACUGGGUCCGAGUCAAGGGACAAGAAUGCAAGCUGUCCUUAUUCGCAGACGACAUCCUUCUAUCCUGGAACGCCCACACAUAUCCCUAUCUAACUUCCACAAGGCCCUAUCCCAAUAUAGCAAAUGCUCCUACUACAAACUUAACAUUGCAAAGACCCUAGCACUAGGUGUGAACAUCCCCGCCCAAGACAUGACGACCCUGAAAACAAUCUUUAACUACGAUUCGAGGCAAGACUAUAUAAAAUUCCUAGGGUUUAACGUCACACCCACACCAAAUACACUGUUCAAGGCAAAUUACAUAAAACUACUCAGUGAAAUUAAAACCAUUUCGCAGGGGUGGAAAGGGAAAUACAUCUCCUGGGCUGGACGAAUCUCCUCGGUGAAGAUGAUGAUUCUGCCAAAAAUCCAAUACUUAUUUUUGAACACUCCCAUUUAAGCUCCCUUUUAAAUACCUAUUGGAAUUACGACACAGAUUUCCCCAGCCCUCCCACUGGAAGCACCUUCGGCUACUUAUCCCCGACUUCAACUACAAAAUCUGGAACAGACAUGGCGUAGUCACCAUGUCACAACUACUGCAAGGCACCCACCUCAAAAAGCUCUCAGAUCUCCAAACUGAAUUUAAACUACCCACCAUAGCCUCCUUCUCUUACAUGCAAUUGCACUUCUGGUUCACCUUACAACCAAGACAACCCACAGUAAACCCACCAGAACCACAAUUGGUAGAAGUGGAGAAGAUCUGCAUGAAACUCAAGCCAGCCAAAACUAAUCUCUACGAUCUACACCUCUGAACACACCCAAUCUCAAAAACACCCCCUCACCUUCAAGUCGGCAUGGGAAAAUGACAUAAAAUACCAACUCACGGAUGACCAAUGGCAGGACAUUUUUAAAGCCCACAAACAACUGACCCUCUGCACAACUCAUGUGGAACUAUCCCGCAAGCUGCUCUACAAAUGGUACCUGGUCUCCACACGCCUCAAACACAGCUUCCCCAACACAUUCGACGUCUGCUGGAGAUGCCAGGCGGAAUGGGAAAAUAUGAUACACACACCUGGUGGCAUUGGUGCUGUGUGGGGGGUGGGGUCUGAGUGGUUUUCGGUGAGAGAUCUAUCGUCAUCGGAUUUCCCUUCAGGUGUGGGUUAGGUGGUUCAUGAGCCAUGGGUCCAAGAUUUUGUGAAAGUUAUGUGUUGUGUCAUGUAGUAGGGCCAAUAGUUUGUCCAUUUCCAUAGUUUCUGCAGUUUUGGUCUCUAGUAUAGGUGUACUUUGGUUGCCCCAUUGUUCACUGAUUGUUCGUCUGGUGUCCACUGAAAUUUUUGCGACCAGUUUGUAUUGUGCUCUAAUUAGGGGGGUGUAUGGUCUGGAGAACAGCCAGAUCCACAGGUCUAUAUCCCCCCAGCAUAUUCUCAUCAGUAUUCUAUCAGUGUGCAGGAGUCCGGAAAUUAAGUCGGACACAGCGGUCCACAGUAGGGAGAUGCUGUGGACGUAUGUGCCCUGGGCUCCGCAUCCUUUCCAGCACGCGUCUGAGUCUGAGCGGCCCAUCUGUUUCAAUUAAGGGUGUCAGGUACCACCGGAGAAGCGUUUUGCACGCUUGCUCCUUGUGGUUUACGCAAAUUGUGAGUGAGACCGUGGCUUUCCAGGUGUCAGCCCAGUCCGAGGGAUCGCUCGGUGGGCCUAUGUGUCUUUCCCAUGCUUUGGUGUAUGAGAGUGCAUAUGCUGGGGAGGCAGAGUUCAUUUGGAGGUAGAUAAAGGAGAUUUGUCCUUUGUGGAUUGGGGUGUGUAUGCACGUGUGUACAAAAUGUGUUAGUUUGGUGGUAGCUGUAGUGGUGUGUUGGGGUUCAUUGAGGAAGCUGCGGAUUUGUAAGUAUUGGAAAUGGUUGAAGGUAUUCAGUGGUGUGUUCCUGGGUAAGUCUGGGAAUUGUAUCAGUUGGUGGGAUCUGAAGAAGUGGAAGAAUCUUAAGAGCCCGUUGUCUUCGUAGUGUGUAAAGUUUUGGGGUGUCAUGCCUGGGGGAAACUGUUUGUUCCUCAGGAUUGUAGUGAGUGGUGAUGGCGUGUUUAUAAUGGGAUAUUUAGGGAUGGUCUUGUCCCAUGUGAGAAAGGAUGUGUUAAAGAGAAACCUGUGCUAGAGCGUCACUGGACGUCCUCACACUGUGUGAGGAACUCCAGCGUUGCUCACUUCCUCAUAGGAAAGCAUUUUCAAUGCUUUCCUAUGGAGAGCUCUAAUGUGCAUGUGAGAAGGCGGCGGCAAGACAUCGGCGGGGUCUCAGGUAAGUGACCUGAAGGGGUUUUCACCCCAAUGUGAGGGAUAUGUCCGCGUGGUCAGACCAUGCGAUUAUUCCAAUCGGAGUUUUAUUACUAUUUUAACACUGCCACAACCAAGAAAAUUUAUAAAUGGGGUGACUUAAUAAGAAAAAUCCACCAAAUAUAACUUAGCACAAUAUUUAAGCAAUUGCAAAAUACUAAUUAGUCUCUUCACGUAACGUGGUUCUUUACCAGACAAAGGCAGAACUUAAAGGACCACUCUAGGCACCCAGACCACUUCAGCUUAAUGAAGUGGUCUGGGUGCCAGGUCCUUCUAGGCUUAACCCAUUUUUUCAUAAUUAUAGCAGUUUCAGAGAAACUGCUAUAAUUAUGAAUGGGUUAAGCCUUCUCCCUAAUCCUCUAGUGGCUGUCUCAUUGACAGCCACUAGAGGCGCUUGCGUGCUUCUCACUGUGAUUUUCACAGUGAGAGCACGCAAGCGUCCAUAGGAAAGCAUUGUAAAUGCUUUCCUAUGCGACGGGCUGAAUGCGCGCGCAGCUCUUGCCGCGCGUGCGCAUUCAGCCCGGAGGAGGAUCGGAGGAGGAGAGGAGGAGGAGAGCUCUCCGCCCAGCGCUGGAAAAAGGUAAGUUUUUAACCCCUUUCCCCUUCCAGAGCCGGGCGGGAGGGGGUCCCUGAGGGUGGGGGCACCCUCAGGGCACUAUAGUGCCAGGAAAACGAGUAUGUUUUCCUGGCACUAUAGUGGUCCUUUAAUAAAGGAAUAUGAGCAAGAAAUAGUCACAUUGCAUACAAAAAAUAUCGAUGACAAUCAAAUUAGUUACACCAACAACAGAUAAAAACAAAAGGGAUAAAAUAACAGAAGUCCUAAUCACUUACUCAGGUUUUCAAAGUAAAACUUAUGCCCAUGGGGUCUCUGGUAAGAAAGGUGGUGACUCACUUAGAAUUAGAUUCUGCCCCCCAAGCAAGUACAAAUACACACCUCAGUUUCAUUGGAUAUAUACCCUGUGGAUUACCAAGCCUCGCCCAGAGGUAGAGAUAAGGCGUACCUAUAGUAACUAUAAGUGACCACCUUGUGUUCCAGACCAACAUCAAUCAAAAUGGAAACAUUUGGUUCUAUCUCUUCUUAUGUACUCUCCACAUAAAUAAUUGCAUCUAUGAAUUUGUUACCAUUUUUCCAAUCCAUAGAUAUGUCACACUCCUUACUUGUGACCCUAUGUAGCGUACAUCACAAUCCCUGCCCCUGUGGUUAAGUUAAGCAAAUCAUAUUUGGGCUUGGUUAGAAGCUUGUGCUGGUCACAUUCCAAAUAUAACAAAAAUGAGGCUUAAUUAUUAUUCUGUGGGUAAAUAUUAAUGUUUCUUUCUUUUGGAUACGAUACUGAAAUACAAGGCUUGUUUAUUCAUUUUUUUUUUAUUUUUUUUUCUUGAAAGCUAAUGAUCAUUAAUAUAUCAAAGAAAUUGACUCAUCAAUUAAAAGGUACAGGCAAUAUGGCUGAAGUCAGCUAGUUUAUAUUUCAACCAGACUUCUGGGCCACUUAUGUGUGACUUCUCACUCUUUGCAGAGACUUUUAAUUAAUCAAGGGAUCGAGCCAUAUGAUAAACCAUCUGACCAUUCUCACAUUCCUGUGCAAUUUACAUUUUCCCUUCUGUCAUCUGACCUUGCAACUAAGUGGUUAAUUCAUAUAUGCACUACAUAAAUUACAUUAAAUUAAAUGGCAAUAUUUUAUAGUGCUACAAUGAAUUAUGCACCCUUGGCGAGACCGUUGAGUCACUGAUCAUAUAGUGAGUGUUCCUUUAACACUUUAAAAUCUAUUUCAAGUGAAAACACUCAAAAAAUAAUAGUAGAUAGCUAAAAAUGUGCUUACCCAUAACAAAUUGUUAAGGUUGCUACGUCAUAAAGUGCACAUGGAAAAUAAAAUAAUGCGAUUUAGGAAUAGUGCAAAUUGCAAAAUAGAUUUUUGGUAUUGGAUUGUUGGGACCAUUUUUAAAUGUUAAACAUCUUUAGAAAAUCUUCCUCUACUUUUUGUUGUGGGUUUUUAUUUUCUUAAUUUGUAUACAUUUUUUGGUAGUCAGGGUGAUUUCCUCAAUUUAUACAUUGUCGUUUGUGGUUGUUGACCUGUGAAUAUCACAUGUUCCAUAACAAAGUUACUGUACUCUUUUAGUUUCAUUUUCUGCACGUCACAAAUGCUAUUUUAUUUAGAUGACUAGGAAAAUAUUUAACUUGGUAUGUAUAGAAUAAUUCUACCACUCCUAAAGCUUCCAACAACUAAUGUGAUUUUCAUGAACUUGUAAAAUCACCAGUACUACCCAGUAGCAACCAGUGCACCUUCUGAUUUAUCAGAGAGCGAGAAACUCAUCCCUACAUUUCCUUCAGCCAUAUAUGUACAUCUUGGGUCAGACACGUACAUUAUUUAACCCCUUAAGGACACAGCUUCAGAAGCUUGACUUACGCUUAAAGGACCACUAUAGUGCCAGGAAAACAUACCCGUUUUCCUGGCACUAUAGUGCCCUGAGGGUGCCCCCACCCUCAGGGUCCCCCUCCCGUCGGGCUCUGGGAGAGGAAGGGUGUUAAAACUUACCUUUCUCCAGCGCCGGGCGGGGAGCUCUCCGCCUCCGUUCCUCCUCCGAUCCUCCCUUUCGGCUGAAUGCGCACGCGCGGCAAGAGCUGCGCACGCAUUCAGCCAGUCUCAUAGGAAAGCAUUUACAAUGCUUUCCUAUGGACGCUUGCGUGUUCUAACUGGGAUUUUCACAGUGAGAAUCACACAAGCGCCUCUAGCGGCUGUCAAUGAGACAGCCACUAGAGGAUUUAAGGGCUGGAUUAACCCAUUUAUAAACAUAGCAGUUUCUCUGAAACUGCUAUGUUUUAUAAAAAAAUAAAUGGGUUAACCUUAGCUGGACCUGGCACCCAGACCACUUCAUUAAGCUGAAGUGGUCUGGGUGCCUAGAGUGGUCCUUUAAUGACACAAGCAAUUUUUGCAUUUUCUUGUUGUAUGCGUUCAACUGCAAUUUGCAUCUCUCUCGUUGAUUGCACCGACAUAUAUAUUAUUAUAUACUGGUUUUUUUAAAGGACAGAAAGGGCUUUAAUUUGAUGUGUUAUAUAUAUAUAUAUAUAAAUUUUUUUUUUUUUUUAAUUUAUUAUUUAAAAUACACAAAAAUGUUAAAAAAAAAAAAAGAAGAAAUUUUGUGUUUUUGAACAGUUUUUGCAAUAAUAUGUGCCUAAUUAGUGCAGGUAAAAGAAAGUAAUUAAAAAUAAAUUCAUUUAGUUGUUCUGAUUUACAGUAUAUAUAAUGGGAUUUUAAGUUUACGUUUUUUUUUUGUUUGUUUUUUUGUAGUUACAGGUCACAAAGCACAAGGAGUAAAAAAAACUUUUAAUGUGGAGCGAUUUUAGAAUUUGGUAUGUUUGUCUUGUAAGCUUAAUAGCCAUAAUAGAAAACAAAAUCGCCACACAAAAGUAUAUAUUUUUAUAUAAAGUAGACAUCACAGGCCAUUGUCCCAAGGUUGUUUUGACACUUUCUAUGGAGCCAUUUCACCGCCAAUCUCUGCUAAAUAUUGGAGUAAAAUUUUUGUUUUUUGGCACACAAACUUAUAACAAAGAACUUCUCAUGUGUAUUUUGUAAAGUUGGUGUGUGCUAUUCCUGUACAACGUUUUAUUUUGUGUUCAGUUACUUCUGCUGAGUACAACGAUACCCCCAUUGUAUGUCUUUGGCACUAUUUCGUGAAGCUACAGUGCCAUUUAGGAGACCUGUCCGUUUCAACAUUUACAGUAGAAUUUUGAGAGGCAGAUUUAAUGGGCAUAUGCUUCAAUUUGGGGUAUUAUAGCAGUUUGACUGUUCAAAAAAACCCUACAAAGGCCUACCAUUUGUAAAAGUAGACACUCCAGGGUAUCUCAUAAGGUGCAUAUUGUGCCUUAACAUGCCCCCAUUUUUUCACCAAUAUAUGCCAAUGUAUGUGGUAAAAAAUAUUUUUGGGCAUUUUUUACAUACGGAUUACAUUUUUGCUGGGCAUUUUGUACAUUUCAUAUGUGCCACUAAAUUCAAACCCCCCAAAUUAUGCUCCGCUAAGUCUUCUGAGUAAAACAAUAUGCCCAAUCUAUGACCUAGACACUAUUUUGUGAAGUUACAGUGCUGUAAAAGAGAUGUGACAAGUUAAGGUUUUUAAGUGUGAAUUUUUAUGGAGGGUUUUGAUGCGUCCGUGUCCCACUUUGGAGCACUUGAGCAGGCUACAUAUUACAACUACACCAUAAAGGCAUACCAUUUCUUAAAGAACACAUCCCAGGGUAUUUCAAAAGGCAUAUUUUGAACGUUAGCGUGGGAUCAUUUUUCCGCUUGCUUGUACCAAGUGUAGUGGUAAUAUGCAUUUUUUUCUGCCUUUUUGACACACAAAGUGAGUUUGCGCUACUUCAUAUGUUGCUCAGAUAUGUCGGCUGAGUACAGCAAUACCCCCGUAUGUACCUUUGCCAGGUAUAUGUGGACAUUGAAGGGGCACAUUUGAGACACAGCCAUUCCAGUUUUUCUCAAACUUUGAAUUUUUACACUGUGUCCAUGUCCCAUUUUAGAGUAUUUUACAAGGCUAUAUAAUCCAAUUACACCAUAAAGGCAUACCAUUUCUUAAAGAAGACAUCCCAGGGUAAUUCAAAAGGCAUAUUUUGAACCUUAGCGUUGGAUCAUUUUUCCGCUAGCUUGUACCAAGUGUAGUGGUAAUGAGCAUUUUUUAAUGUAUUUUUUUACUUUGUAAAACCCGCUUUUAAACUUUUUUUUUUUCUUAUUAAAUGUUUUACACUUUCUUAACCUUUUUGACACUUUAAAAAUUUUUUCUAAACUUUUCUUUUACCGUUAACCCCUAACUAGCAGUAAGCAGCACUAACAGUAAAUUCCCCUCUUUCCCAUAACUCCCACCCACUCCAGCUAGCAAAAUAUAUAUAAUUAUAAAAUAUUUAAAUUAAUUAAAUAAAUUGAACCCCUGAGGGUUAAAAAACAAAUAAAAGUUAAUCCUCAAGGGUUAAAACAAAUUAGAUUACAGUAUAAUACUAUGAUCUGAAUUUUGAUCAUUGUAGGCAGUGAUCAACUGUCAGGGAAGGGGUUAAUUUUUAUUUAGACUGGGUAAAGGGUGGUGGUGUGUGUGUUUUUUUUUUCUUUUUACUAAACGUUACUAAAAGAUUUUUUUUAAAAACUUUUUUUAACCUAUUUUAAAACUUUUUUUAACAUUAACCCCUAGUUAGCCUAACACCAAAUUCCCCAAUUCCCCACUAACUUCCACCCAUGCCAGCUAGCUAAAUAUAUAAUUUUUUAAUAUUUAAUACAAUAAAUGUAACCCCUGAGGGUUAAAAAAAAAAAAAAAAAAUCAGAUGACAUUAAAAUGUAUACCCUGCCAAUUGAUCACUGUAGUCAGUAAAUUGGGGCUGACUAAAUUGGGGCUGUAGUCAGUGAUCAAUUGGCAGGGAAGGGGUUAAUUUUAUUAAAGCAAUGGAAAGGGGGGGUGGGAUUUAACUUUAUAUUUUUUUUUUGUAUUUAUUUUUUUUACACAAGGAGAAGAUCAGCAGCACUAAUCCGUCUCCCUGCACUUGAACCCGGAAGUGCAGGGAGGCGGAAGGUGAGUAUACUGAGCACAUGUGCUCGCUCUGACAGCCUGUCAGAGCGAGCACCGGUGCUCCUGGUCUGCCUCGAAUACAGGGGCAGACCGGAGCAACUUUAACCCCGCGAUCGCGGUGAUCUUGGGUUAACUUUUUAUUAAAUGACGGAAAUUUUCCGUCAACGGUCCUUAACUGAAGGACAAGGUUGACGGAAAAUUUCCGUCUGCGGUCGGGAAGGGGUUAAUAACAAAAGUUCAGAUUUUUCUUAACUGUCACUUUUAAGUGCCUUUUAAAUCGGAUAUUUGUCACUCUUAAGACAAAAGUGCUUCAUGGAUGUGGGGUGGUCCUUUAAAGAAACACUAUAGUCACCAAAACAUUUUAGCUUAAUGCAGUUGUUUUGGUGUACAGACCAUGCCCCUGUAGUCUCAUUGCUCAAUUCUCUUGCAUUCAUGAGUUAAAUCACUUUGUUUAUGUAGCCUCCUUGCAUGUGACUUACACAGCCAAUGGCCAUGCUUCAAUGAUUCGCUAUAACAGGGAAAGGCAACCUUUGGCACUACAGAUGCUGUGGACUACAUCCCCAUAAUGCUCUUACACCCAUAUUGCUGUCAAGGCAUCAUGGGAGGUGUAGUCGAAAACAUCUGGAGUGCCGAAGGUUGCCUAUGCACCAGUGGCCAUGUUCCAGUGAUUCUCUGUGAGAAUCAGUAAUGACAUGCCUUACUGGGCAUGCCUGAGUUUCACUCCGCUCAACACAUGCCCUCUAUGUCUGCCCAAGCCGCCUCCUCGUCAGCAUUCAGACACUAGAACUUACAAACCACAUCACACACCUAUUCCUCCUCACAUUAGGUAUCAUACAGACAGGCAAACUUCUAAAUACCUAUAGAGCUUUGUGUUAUCUCUUUCUAUCUAUCUAGCGGUUAACAGUGGGUAGUGAGGUUGGCUGACAGGGUAGGGGUUAACAAUAGGUAGACUGAAAUAUAGACACAAAGGGGCAGAAAGGGGUUGGCUGGCAGGGAAGGGGUUAACUGCAUCUGGAGGUUGGCUGACAGAGGAUGGAGGAGAAUUUAUAACUUGUAUUACAGGGAGGGAGAGGAGCACAUAUGGGCUCUAGGUGCAGUCUGUGCUGUGAGCAUUCCUUACACUACAGAAGACAUGCCUCUAUUUUCAUUGGCUGCAAAUUGUAUGUUUCUUUCAGAGCCUGGAAAUCAGGAGAAAGGUAAGUGUUUAACCCCUUCCUCUCUCCAGAGCCCGGCGGGAGGGGGUCCCAGAGGGUGGGGGCACCCUCAGGACACUGUAGUGCCAGGAAAACGAGUAUGUUUUCCUGGCACUAUAGUGGUCCUUUAAGUGUUUAGUAGAUAUAUUUUUUUGCAUUUAAUUAUGCAUUUUUAAUUGGGUUAUAGCUAAAAGCACUUUCUUCCACAGCCCAAACUGUCUGUGGCUGUCCAAUCACAGAUUCCAAAUGCAAUUCCCUGCGUUUUUAUGUUGGCUCCACUGAGUUAAACUACUAGGAAAUAACAGGACUGGCUCUCUGCCAGCCAGGGGGUCUAACAAGAAUCAUUUAUAAAAGUACCUGUUUCUAUUGAAAGCUGCGCUGUUUGUAAAUUGGGGUGAGAGCACCCUUUUUACACAGUAAGAUCUAAUGCUUUAAGGGUCUGGGGUGUGUCUGUAAAGAACAGGAACUCCUCCUUUGUGAAGGACUGGCUGCUAACACAUUGCAAUUGCUAUUUUUAGAAUGAAAGUCACCCAAAUUGCAUGCAGUGUGCAUGGGGUAAUGGCAUGCUUCCAGACUGGCACUAAAGCAGAGUUCAAAUCUUGUUUUUUUUUUUUCUUAUGUAUUUAUCUUGGCCAGAAAAAUAAAACUAAGCUCUUCAUUUACACUAAAAAGCAAACUAGUCAAUGGGAUGCACGUGCCACAUAUGUAAAUAAGACUGAUGAGUUAAACUCUCAAUUGUCAGACCUUUGGACUUAAAUAAAUCAGAAAUACCAUGUGAUGUUUACUUUUUUAGUGCUAGUAUGAAAAUUAGUAUCUUAUUUAUAUGUAAGUAAGAUUAUAAGAUUUGUACGAUGUUUAAAACAAAUGUUUUUUUUUUGUUUUUUUUUGUGGAACCAUAUCAAGAUACAUUUUUUUUUUAAUUUUUUUUUAAUUUUUUUUAUUAUUGCCGUGUCUGCAGUAGUUGGGAUAUUUAAAAUUACACUUUAAAACCAUGAAUUUUGAUGGUAAUUUAGUUGAACCCCAAUGUUUAGAACAGGCACUACAUAUUCAUCAGCUGUUGGGCAACCAUACACCAUGUGUAUUUACAGUAGCAGCACUGAAUUAUCCUUGUGUAGUGGAAAUCCUUUUGCCAGGGCUGAAAAUUUCCACUCUCUGUUAGCAAGUAUAAAUUCACUCUUGUUUAGUGUAGCAUGGACUCUCCAAGCUCGCAGUGCCAAGUAACUUUUAAGGCCUAAAAAAUUUUUUUUCCACGAUCUGACAUAGUAGCAUAACACUUUACUUUUUAAGUCUUGAUUUUUAGCUUUUUACACUGGGUGUAAUGAAGGUGUUUUACAGAUUUAACAUUUUUAUUUAUUUAUUUCUAUUGUACAUUUGCAGUAUGGGUUCCAAACCUAUUGCCAUGUGCAUAUAUUGAAUGUUGAGCGUAAGAUGGUCUGAUAUUUCAAUGGCUUACUAGAAUGAUAACUAUUAAGUUGUAAAUACUUUAAGUGAUUUAAGUACUAUCCAAUAUUUAUAUUGCUUGAGAAUUUAAUUUGCUACAAUGAAGCAGUGCUAGCAAAAUCACUUUAAAGCAGAUCUGUCACUUUUCAGUGUUUCAUAAAGAUUUAAUCUUUAUGAAAUUAUGAUUAAGACUGCGUUGGAGUUUAACUAGAAUUCCAACUUCUUCCAGAGUAGGGACUACUUUUGUCGUAUGGUAGAAACUGAGGUGGACUAAAAGGAGGAGAUUCUGUCAACUUCAUCCUAUCCCAGAAGCCAUCACAAAUGACAGCUGUGGGGUUCAGGCUUUGUCUGUAGAGAAAGCCUUAAUCUUGUUGGCUCCUCCAUACACCUCAGUCUUGUAAGUCAGAGGACCUGGAGCUUGAACACGGUGCCUGCUGCAAGGCAGAGGUAAGUAAAACUCACAUCCUGUGCUCCAAGCGGCCACCAGACCCACACAGGAUCUGUCUGUUUCGGGUGUCUUUGCGAAAUGGUCUGCUUACAGAUGUCAACAUUGAAAAGCAAAGUAUGAUUAUUGCAUGUCUAAAAUGAUACUACAUUAAGAAGACUGUGUAGCCUAGAACAAUGGGAAUUACAGUCCAAACCAGCUUGAAGGCCCUAGCCUCACGUACCACUAAAGAUCUCUUAACUCUAAUCUUAAUGUAUGCUAAUUCUUAUAGUUGAGCCUUUAAUGUUACUUAUUUCUUAUGAAUUUUAAUUACACUGGUCUAAAUGCAUAUGUUGUAGUUUAAAGGGACACUAGUUAAUGAAGCCGUUUGGGUGUAUAGAUGACCCCGCAGUCUCACUGCUCAAUUCUCUGCCAUUUAGAAGUUAAAUCACUUUUAUUUCUCUUUAUGCAACCCUAGCCACACCUCCCCUUGCUGUGACUGACACUGUGUGCAUGGAAGAAAAAGAUUUAAUUUUCACUCAGAUGUUAACUUAAUUUAGAAGUUUGCAUAUAUUGCUCUGUAAAGUGAAACGUAAUCACGCACAAGAAUUGAAAGCUUUGGUGAUUUUUUUUUUUUUUGGUUAAUGCAGAGCAGUAGGCCGUCGAACAUCCGUCCUGCAAAGAUUGCAGUUUCGUAACAGAAAGCACCUCUAGAGGCUGCCUGUAUGGCAGCCACAAGGGGCAAAUGUAGACACAGUGCCCCCACACACAAAUGUAGUGUUUAGCUGAGAGGCACCAACCCCUCCACGUUACUCUGUAUUGGUUAUGGUGCUUAGUGUUCCUUUUAAAUCUGUAAACCCUAAAGGUGAAACCACAGAGUAUCUAUCAGGACUGUAAAAGCAAGCUUUACAACAAGCAUGUAUUUAAUUUGCGACCUAUAAUGAAAUGACUUCCUGGAAAGACUUCUGCCUGUUGGCAAAUGCGUUUAACAGUGUAAAAGUACAUUGACCAGCUAGAAACUGACUUUGAAACUGCAGACAAUACAAAGAGGAGGUUUGCUUUUGAUUGUCACAUGAGCCUUUCUCAUGUGACAGCCAUUAAUUAGCAUGGCCAAUGUUUAAACAACCUUGUAUCAGAGGGUGGCUGCUGCACUGAACCCUGCCUUUUUUUCCAACAGGAACAUAUGUUUGAUCUUGUGACUAGUUAACAGCUUAAGGUAUAGUCUGUUUCUGGAUACCAGAUAUGCAAUGCAAACUCUCCGUACUCUACCUGUCAGAAUGAGGUCUUCCUUUUUGCAAGAGGUUAAAACAGAUAGACUAUUGGCAAAGACUAGGGACUUUAACUUGAUUUUCCUUAUUCAUACAUUUUCUAAAGAAAUAAGUAAGGAUUAAGUGGGUUUUUUUUUUUUGUGUGUGUUUUUUUUUUAAAUUUUUUAUUUGUUUAUUUUAUUUUAUUUUUGUCCCCCCACUUUCAAUGGGAUGAAUACAAACACAUUUGUAUUUCCCUCACUGGCUUGAAAAAAUGUGCGGGGGCACACAGAGGACUGGCGCUUAUGUUGGAGGCCCAUCAAAAAAAAGUGACGCUGCAUGCCAUGCACAUGUUAAACGAACAAGUGAGAGCAAAGGCUGGGACACCAGGAUUGUGAGAGAUCCCCUCACACAAUCGCCGACUAACUGUAACACCAAUAUUGAGCCUUCACGGGGGCUUCCCAGGUAGGAGACUGAUUCAAAUAACUAGUUUUACUGAGUUCUGGGUUUUGUGGUUAUUUUACAUUUGGCUUAUUUGUAAUAUGCUGGUUUGCUCAUUCUUGAAAUUCAGACAGGCUUGGGGAACUGCAAUCGAUGGUUAGACUUUUAGAAUAAUUGCGGUUUUAAUUCAAAAUACCAAACAAUUCCAAAAAUGCAAUGUGUUGGAGUGUAGCAAAUACCUACAUUGUUGUUGGUUUUUCUUUUUCUUUUUUUGUUUGUUUUUUGUGCCUGUGUCCCAUACCUUCUACAUAUGAUUUUUUUUAUUUAGGUUAUAAUGAUUUUGUCUAAAUAAAUGAACCCUUAAAGGGCCUCUAUAGGCUGAAAUUGACACUGUGUGUGUGUGUGUGUGUGUGUGUGUGUGUGUAUACACAAUGUGUGUAUGUACAUACAUACAAACAAGUGGUGUUUUUUUGUUUUUAUUGAAUUCAUUAAUUCAAAGAGGUUAAUGUGAAUUAUUUGCACUACAAAGUGAGUGAAAUUUCUCAGUUUGUAUAUAUAUAUAUAUAUAUUCCAGUACAACUUGUUUCUGUUCCAAAGAUUUCCAUUGUAGCUUCACUCACGUUUAAUUUGUAUGUGAUUGAAUAAAUGUAUUGCUUUCAAAUGGAAAGCUGUUAGAGAGUCUUAAAAUUCAAAUUUAAAGCAACACUAUAGUCACCAGAACCACUACAGCUUAAUGCCUGUCCCUGCAUGCUGAGCACUGUAACCACUGCCUUUUUAGAGAAAAGGCAGUGUUUACAUUGCUGCCUCGGGACACCACUAGUGGCAGUCAGUCGGACAGCCACUAGAGGUGCUUUCUCGUCCAGUGCUUCAUGGAGACGCUGAACGUUUCCUAUAGCGAUGCUAAUUGUUGCAGUGCUGCCUUUUGCUGUGCAUGCUCAAUACCCUUUCAAUGCUUUCAUAUAGGAAAGCAUUUGAUUGGCUAUGAUCAUCAAGAUUGAUUAUCUCAGCUAUGGAAACGGGGGCAAGCUGCGGUAAGACCUGUGCGGCAAGGGGAAAAAAUAUCAGUUAAAAAUGCCUUUCCGUGCAAUCGGAGGGGGGCCGGUCACCCGUGUUUGUAUUCAUGACGCUAGGGUCAGGUUAGUCAGUUAGUAGCUACAGCGUAUUUUUUUUUUUUUUUGGUUUUUCCUGCUUCCUUCUAGCGAGUUCUAUGCAAUAUAACCCACUGUAUACAAAGAGCAUUAGUGUUAAUGGUGCUUGAAGUGUUCCUUUAAAUUUAUGGUAAAAUAUGCUUGUAAAAUAUUUCAUAUAGAUGGAUACAGGUCAAUCAUCUCACAAUUUUUUCUUUAAAGGGACAGGACACUGCAAGCACCACAGCUAAUACACAUUAUUUUCCUUCUAUAUUUUUAUCAACCUAUAUAUAAAAAGCCCAGCCCAACAGUCAUAUGACAGAAUUUUCCUUUUGUUGAAGUUGAUUCCACUGCUGAAAACAAAGGAAGACUGUGUCAUUGUGGAUGUAACAAAACGGUCAAUGGUGAUUUGACACUUUCGAUAAGUGUGCAGCAAGCCUAAACACCUAAUUCUCUCCCCCACCCAUAGAAAGUGCAGUGUUAAUGUAAUAAAUAAGCAUGAAUUUCUUGUUUUGACCUCUAGCUGUAUGUUCACCUGUUAUAUUAACAGGAAUGCAGUUGAGUGAGUCCAUGAUUUUUACCCUUUUUGUGCUUUUCUAAAAGAUUCUGGCCUAAAAAUAGCACUUGGAGAUGAAAGCAAAAUAUAGCUUCUGAUCACUGAAUUUGCAAUAUUAUAAUGGUCAUUUUGUGUAGCCUUUAUUUACGCUGCCAUGAUUGCUUCCCAUUAGAAACCCCAAGUGAUUACUCUUUUAUAUAUUGUUUUAGUGCGCUCAUUUAAUGCUUGGACUCUGAUUGCCCUGCUGCUUGCACAAACCUUGUAUGUACGUUCUUUAUGACCAGCAUAAAACCAAGAUAAAUCUAAGCAUGUUCCUGAUAAAACAUUUUAGAAAGAAAAAACACUCUGAAGAAAAGGCGAUGAAUACUAGGGACCAGUUCUUUACAGCCUUACUCUUUAAAACUUAAUUGGAAGUCCGUCUGUUUUGCUGCCUGUGGAUGUUUCGAUAAAAUAUUCCAUAUGGCUUUUAAAGAACAAUUGUCACCUCAAAAAUAUUUAAUAUAAUAAUCCUUUCAUCAAACUUUGAAAGGAUACAGAUUUAAAAAAUGUUUUAAGUAUACGUACAAAGAAAUUUGAAAUGCAUCCCUACCUUUUUAGUAUAUGACCGAAUCUUUUGGCUAUACAUGCGCCCUUGGUUUGACAGUUUCUGAAAACACAGUUGGUAUCUAUGGCCUUCCCUGUUUCUGUGUGUUCAGUACUUUCAAUACUUGAUGAUAUGGUUACUAUAUUAAACUUUUUUUUUUUAGGUGACCAUUGUCCUUUAGACCGUGAUCCCAUGUUGUCUUUCGUGUUCCGAUUGUGGAAUGCCUGUGUAAAGCCAAUACUGGCCAAAGUAAGGUUGUUCUAGAGGAGGUACCCUACAGAUUAGCAGUGGCCGAAAGGUAGAUGAUGCUUUGCUAGCCUGUAAUAACUGGGGUUCUGGCACCCCUGCAUAAAAGGAAUAGUAUACUACCUCACCCAUCCACUGGUGUGCUGACAAGAGGUGAAUGUAGCGUAACCUGAUGUGGUGUAUUGUGAGCAACACCAUAGACAAUGCAGGAUAGAAGUGCAGCCGUCAGUCUGCUCAGCAGCUUUUGUGAUGAGGGAGGGGGGUAGCCCUAGUCAUCUGAUAGUCUUGUGCUUUGGAAUAGGAUCCAAAGUGAGGUACGAAUAGCCUCUGAAACUCCAGUCAGUGUAGCUUGUGUGUGUGAUGAUGUACAGAGGGCAUGGAAGUGAUGCUGCCAAGGGAGAGGUGAGAGGUAUUGCUUUUGAUUUUUUUUUUAUUAGUCCAUCCAAUUCAUGGCCAGCACCUGCACCAUGGCAGCUGUUUACUGCUUCACUCCCUGUCAUGGUUAUUCAGCCUUAAGGUGGAAGUUGUGGUAGCAGGACUACAUUGCUGAUAAUAUAUUCAGGAAAUAAAAAUAAAUAGAUACUCUUGGGGAUGAUUUUGGUAAAAUAAACAUUGUAUACAGCCAGGGAUGGCUUUUUACAAAUAUUUAAAAAGUAAUACAAGUUGACACUCACUAUUCUGUAUAACUGAUAAAAUAAUGUGCGCCUGUCUCUAUGAUGACACUCUCUCUAGGAGUGACCGCAGAUAGAGCGGUGCUAACCUGUGCACUGAUGCUUUAUCUCAGUGGUCGCUGUCUGACUUCAUUAAAAUGUGAAUACUGUAAUUUUAUUAAACUACUUAUGGCUGAAAGUGCAGCGCUCUGUGUCUUUGACUUAUUACAGCCAUUAUCUAUCUCUUUUAAUUUGUAGUUGUGCUAAUUCAAUAAGCUAUACUCUGCAUCUAAAGGCACCUGGUGAUGGUUCUCCACAUUGAUUUAGAUCCUUUUAAAUAAUGCCCACUUGCCUUAUUGCACUAGACCAGGCAUAGGCAACCUUCGUCACUCCAGAUGUUUUCGACUGCACCUCCCAUGAUUCUUUGCCAGCAUUAUGGGGUAUGUAGUCCACAACAUCUGGAGUGACAAAGGUUGCCUACCCCUGCCCUAGACCUUUCCAGUCCCAUAUGUGGGAAUGUCUUAUUGUGGAUGCACUCACUUAGGUUAUUUGAGAUAACCAUAUAGAUGGACGUGUCUUAUGUUACGUGAUGGGCUUCCUUCUCAAAUAUGCAACCAUGUGGUGUAAUUACAUUGUUUUGUGAGAGAUCUGCAGAAUAGGAUUAGGAUUCAUGUAAUCUCAUUAAAGAAAUGUAUUUUUACUGUAUACAGCAGUUUUCACGUAUUCAGCAGGGAUAAAUACAACAUAACCUUAGCCAAAUCUUUCCAACCUUUGUGUUACCUUAGCCGUUAAACCUCACUUCUUUUAUGGAGUAAAGCCUGCGUCUGGGUGUAGUGGCCCUCCCUGUAUGUCGUUUUAGUCCUGCUAUGUAAAACAUUGCCGUUCUUUUGACGAUAUGGCAGGGUUUUCAUUCCAGGACUAACCACUGCUGUAGUGGCGGUCUAUCAAACAGCCACUAGAGGUGCUUCCAUUGCAAUAACAAAGUGCUUCAAUCAGUACUUUUACAGAGAGAAGUUGAGUGUGGGGGUUUUGUCACACAUGCACUUGUUGUCCACAAUGCUUAUCUAUGAGAAGCAUUGGAUUGGACGAGAAUGCAGAUGUCCGCAUGCUUGUUGACGAAGAAGGCACAAAGGGCAGCUGCAAGGGCGAUGUUUUGGCUGUGGAAAUGAGGGGAGUAAAAUGUAUUAAACUUACAUUUUAAACAGAACAUGGGGUGGACAGAGGACACUGUAAUGAAAGUUCAUUUCUUUUUUGUUAAAUAUGGUCUUUAUUGAAUUUUUUUUUGUGUGUGUGUCUCUUUUUUUUUUUUCUUCUUAUUUAUGUAUAUUGUGUUUUGUUGGAAGUUCAUUUCUAGUCCUGGAAAAGAAAAUAAUUUCAAAACAUUGGGUUCCUUAUAAUAAGCGCUAUUUCUCUCUCCAAUAUUUGGCCUAUACAGCGUUUUUAGUUGCCACGUGAGGACUACAUGCAAGUGUGAAAAGCACUGUACAUUCUGAGUCAUUUAAAGAAACAUUACAAGCACUAUAACCUCCUCAGAACAUAGAUUGCCCUGUAGAAUACACUUCUUGGCGUUGCGCGUCCUCUCAGAGCUCUCAUCUUACUUGACAUUACUUUUUUGCAGCAACCUUUAAAUAGAAAACUUCUAAAACUUUAGACAAAUAUUACAUUUUGUUUGUUUUUCUUUAGCAAAAUUUCUAUUGUGUAUAAAAUAUAAAUAAAUUUCCCCCCCUUAUUACCAUGUAAUUCUUUAGGCACAUUCUGAGAUCUGUUUUUUUUUUUGUUUUUUGUUUUUUUAUCCACAGCUGGCCUUCUUCAGAGUUAGAUUUGAAUAGCAUUCGGCUGAUUGUUUACCAGGACUGUGAAAGAAGGGGCAGACAAGUCUUGUUUGAUUCCAAAGCAGUCCGUGAAGUAAAAAAUGAAACUGCACAGGUAAGAAACGUUAUUAUUAAACGUUAUUAUGUCUUAAAAUAGACAGACGAAGUACGGUCUUCUAAUGUGUUUCUUUUUGUUUUGUUUUUUUAUGUCAAUUGCUAAAUCUUUUUGCCCAGCGUUAACUCCCUUGUUGAUGCUAGGCAAUUUCUAGUUCUGAUCGACACACAGAGAGCCCAUUUUGGAAGGGGCGUAAAAGUGUUUUUGGUGCUUUGACUGAUUCUUUAAAGGGACACUGUAGGUGCCCAGACCACUUCAGCUCAUUGAAGUGGUCUGGGUUCACUAUACCUUUUGCACCAAGUGCUGCAAUUUCUAGAUUGAAACAAACCUUUUGGUCCGGUAUCUGAUACUGGAAAUCUUCACGCUCUGCAUGAGAACACACCACGUCAGAUUUUCCCCAUAGGAAAGCAUUGAUUCACUGCUUUCCUAUGGGAAGGUCUAGUGCGCGCGGGGCAUUUGCCAUACAUGGGCAUUAGAGCCAGCUCAUUGCAGAACAUCUGAGGGGGUAAAGUAAAUAAAGGGAGGGGGAAGGCAGAGGGAGCUAUAGUGCCAGGGAUACAGCUUUGUAUUCCUGGCGCUAUAGGAUCCCUUUAAAGCAAAUCUGUUGCUUCUGAGGUCUUCAUAAAAACAAAAUGUAUAUAUUGUAUUGGAAUUACAAUGAAAUUCCAUUGCAAACCUGCUAUAUACAAGACAAAGUGAGGACUACUUUGUUUAAUGUGAUUGUUUGUUUUUAUGCUUUUUAAAAAAAUUUUUUUUAUUAUUUCUAUUUUAUGGUGCAGCCUUAUCCAAGUAUCAUAACCACUGCUGCCCUCUGUAUGACGCCAGGAAUACACUGGCCCUGUUCCCUGGUAAUGGGGCAAACUUUUACAAUAGUUUGCUCUUUUACUGGAGUCCCUGCUGUUUUGUCAAUGUACAUACAGCUCCUUCAGAAGCUGGAUGCUGAUGCUAUUGUCAUUUAUUGAAUGAGUGCAUUAACUGACUGCUUUCAGCUAUUGAAUGAUGUUCUGUGCAUGGAAAUUUGCACAGAAUUGACAUUAACCAGCGUGCAACUCUUUUUCCAGGCAGGAUGAUGACUGACACUGCUGGUGUUACACCUCUAGCAAAAUGCAGCACAUAAGGGCUACAGGAAUCAUGACCAUUUCAAAUUACUGCAGUUUAUUUAAAUUACUGGUGACUAUUCUACCCAUAAUGACAAAACAAAAAACAGAUAUUUGGAGUCUUCCUAGAGCUGACUGCUCAACUAAAUUAAGCAAUUGGGGGACAAGAGCUGUGGUAAGAUCGGUAACGAGGAACCUGAUGGUCACACUAGGAGAGAUCAUGGGUGGAGAUGGGAGAAUCUAGUGGAAGGACUACCAUCACUGCAACACUCCACUGAUCUGACAUUUAUGGCAGAUUGUCCAUACAGAAGCCUCUCCUCACUGUAAGAUAUCUGAAAGUCCACUUUUGGAUUGUGAGAAACGAGAUUCUCUGGUCUGAUCAAAUGGCAAUUUAACUGUUUAGUUUCAAUUCAAAGCUUCAAGUCUGGAGGACACCAGACAGUGCUCAUCACCUGACAUUACCAUCCCAACAGUGAAGCAUUGAAGUAGUAGCAUUAUGCUUUGGAUUGUUUUCAGCAGCAGAGGCUGGGAGACUGGUCAUGGGAAAACUAAAAUACAGAGAUCUCUUUUUAAAGGACAACUGUUCCCUCAACACUAUGUUUUGAUUAAAGAAUACUGUUGUAUACUAAAUAUAGGGGUGCAUUUUUCUCAUUGCUUAACAUAUACUUCAUUAAACACAUAAUCUAUGUCCUUUCAAACUUGAUGAAAGGAUAAUUAUAUAAAAGUUGUCCUUUAAUGAAAAUCUUGUCCAGACCUCUCAUGACCUCGGACUGGGCUGAAGGUCUACCUUCCAACAGGGCAAUGAUCCGAAGUGCACAAGGGUAAUGCAAGCGUGGCUUACGGACAACCCUGUGAAUGUCCUUGAGUGGCCCAGUCAGAUCCCAGACUAGAACCCAAACAUCUCUAGAGAGACCUGAAAUGACUGUCCAGUGACUGUCCCCAUUCAGCCUAUCAAAGCUUGAGAGAAUCUGCAGAGAUGAAUGUCAGAAAUUACCAAAAUCUAGGAGUGCAGGUUUGUUGCAUUAUACCCCAAAAGAUUUGAGGCUCUAAUCACUGCAAAUGGUGCUUUAAGUGAGUUAACGGUAUGAAUACUUUUAUGCCUGAGUAAAAUGUUAUGUUUUGAUAUAUUUUUAGUACUGCCAAAAAUCUGUUUAUGCGUUUGUCCUUAUAGGGUACUGAGUGUAGAUUGAUAUGGGAAAACAACAAUUUAAACAAUUGUUUAAAAAUAUCUUCUUUAAUAUAGCCAUACUAAAUAUAGUAAAUAUAGCGAUAUAGCUAUACUGCACUUUUUGGCUAUAUUAAAGAGACACUCCAGUGCCAGGAAAACAAUCUGUUUUCCUGGCACUGCAGGUCCCCUCUCCCUCCCACCCCCCCAUCCCUGGUUGCUGAAGGGGUGAAAACCCCUUUAGUCACUUACCUGAGACCGGUGGGUGAGACUGAUCCUGCCCGCUGGCUGAGGAGACCUAAUGCACAUGCGCGGCAAUGCCGUGCACGCGCAUUAGAGCUCUCCAUAGUAAAGAAUGCUUUCAAUGCUUUCCUAUGGGGAAUUGAGCAACGCUGGAGGUCCUCACACAGCGUGAGGAUGUCCAGCGACGCUCUAGCACAGAAAACCUGUGCUAUAGACACGGAAGUGCCCUCUAGAAGAUAGCCACUAGACGAGGAGUUAACCCUGCAAGGUAAUUAUUGCAGUUUAUAAAAAAAAAAACUGCAAUAAUUACACUUGCAGGGUUAAGGGUAGUGGGAGUUGGCACCCAGACCACUCCAAUGGGCAGAAGUGCUCUGGGUGCCCGGAGUGUUCCUUUAAAGAAGAUAUUUGUCAUAUUCCCCUGCGGAUCUCUGUCUGGAUAAGGAAUCCUUUAGCCUGCAAUAGGCACAAUUGGAACUGUUUAAGUCCUCCUAACAGAGUUCACGAUUUACUACAUGUCUGUUUUAUAGGUAUCAUCCCAAGGAUCCAUUUUGAAGUAUUCCUUGUGAUUUUUGAUAGAUUUAUAUCACUAUUGCUGUUUUAUUGCACUGUGUGGGUAUAUGUACAUUAAUUGUGUGUGGGUAAACACUACCUCACAGACACACAAUUUUCUUUACUUUUGUUUUAUGUAACUCAUGUGUUUGGGGGGGAACGCCAUCCACAUAUACUUUUUUUUUUUUUUUGUCAAUCAAAUUUUAUUAGGAUUUAUCGAAGUGUUACAAGCAUAGGUAUUGUGCAGCAUUGUGGAAGAAAAUAGUACGUUACAAUUCUGUGUUUGUACAUUAUACCGCAUAACGUGUUAAGGCUUGUUCUCGUGAGUCAUUUCAGUAGCGACCCGCCUCACUCAUGAGGUGGUGUGGUAAGUGAAAUAUGUUGUCGUUAGUUAGCGAGUCUUUGAUAUGAAAUCAUCUAUCUACGGUGUUUUCUCGCUUGGAGUGAGGACCCCUGAAGAGAGUUGUUUCAGGGGUACCGUCUCUGGCUGUGCAGAGCUCCCCUUCCCCUCAUCCUCUCUGUCUACGGUCAUGUUUGUCCGGUCCGUACAGUGGGUAGUGUACUGGUCAGUGGCUGGGCGUGGUAUGCUAUCGGUCUCUAUCUUCUGCUGUCUCUCGGGUUCAACCCACCACAUAUACUUUUAGUGCAUUGCAUCAAUAAUCAAAAACUAGAAAAAGCGCUGAUACACUUGUUGUGUUUUUUUUUUUUUUUUUUUAUUGCACUUGUGUACUCUGUGGACAACUGUAUCACAUGAUUGUAGACGUAGUGAGCAAUCAGCAGUUCAUGCAGUGUCUGACUGAUCAUCUGCCUGGGAGCGUGAACCAGCCAGGCCAUUUUAAUAUUAAUGCAGCUCUGCUAGUGCCUUUCAACCAGGAUGUCAAGGUCAUGUCAGCUUUAUAUCUACUGCUGGAUGUGUGAGACUAAACCUACAAGCCUUUGUCCACUGUGUUAGCUUGUUUAUCGCUUCCUUAUUUAUUUAUUUCCUGGCAUUUUUAUAGCACCAACAUAUUCAGCAGCGCUAGUCAUUAAAGACUGCUGUGUAGUAUUUAAAUGGUGAAAACUCAAAGCUGAUUGUGUAGCUUUGCAUGUAAAACAUAGGAGGAUCAAUUGUCCGUUGUUAAAAUACUGUUAUGGGAUAUGUCAGGCUUUCCAGAUUAGGUCAAGAUUAGACCCUUUUCGAUCUAGGCAGAUAUCAGAGGAGAAGUUUUAAAUACUGGAGAAUUAAAAAUGUGGGAAACUGAAAGGAGAUCCUGAGAAUUGCUUGAAAAUGAAUACUAGUUGGAAUAGUAAAUGGUGGUUUUGGCCCAGCAUACAAACACCCUUGCUUAUUUUACCUUAUGCUCACCCAGGUCUCUAUGGCUCCUGUUGCUCUAGGUUGCCACCUAGAUUGUCUCUAUGGUCAUAUAGACUCUGAUUCUCCCCAGUUAUUGAAAAGGAAAGGUUGGGCUGUUCACAUAGGCCGCUCAUUUUCUCAUUUUAUGGUUUGAUAAUAGUCAGAGAGGGUAUCUGGGUAUUCAAACUGUGUGCUAGAAGUUCCUGCGGUAUUUUUCCUUUAGUACUCAGUAGGUUAAAAGCUAGAAGUUGUAUGUUCUUCUGCGCGAUCAGUUAACAUAUAUUUGUAUGUUUUUACUAAUGGGUUUUAGUAAUCUGCACUGUCAGUGCUUGGCUUAUGCUCAGGAGAAACGGAGUGUGUUAAUGGCUUUGUUUUUGCUUCCCUCACAUGACUGCUGCAUGCACAUUUAACUGCAUGGUGACAGUCACACUGAAGAUUAAAUAAACGAGAUAACCUGCUAUAGCCUGGGUGUGAACUCCAAAACAGCUAGAAAAACCAACCCAAAUCCCCCCCCCAACAUGUCUCAUUUAGCAAACGUUUCAUAUGAAUGACUAUUGAAUAUCCUGUGCUUUAAUUAAUCUUUCACAGACUUGGGUUGCCAAUAAGCUAUGUGUAUUUAUUUAUAAGGGGUUCUGAUUGAAUUAGAGAUUGAUUACCGAUCAUUGUGACGUGUGUGUGUUUUUUAUAGAGGAAUAUCAAAACUGCUCUGAAAGAUUCAUUUGUAAUUUGAAAGCCAUAAUAUUUUAUUUCUUUCUUGUUUUCCCUUCUUAAACUGUGCCAAGUUUAUUGCUCGUAUCCCAGUCCUACACCACACUGUCUCCCCUGUUUAAACACUCUACAUUGCUCUAAAUGUUUCUUCUUUCCUUAAUACUAAAUACAAUAAUCUCCAUACAGAAACCAGAUGAGGAUGCAUCUUGCAAGAUGCUUGGUAAGUCGUGUCAGACGAGCAACAGCGGGUCGUCCUAUAUCUCCUCCUGUAGUACAACACAAGGAAAUCCUCACCAUAACAAGGAUCCGCUCCCCAGAUACCAGGUAAUUAAUAUGCAGCUAGAGAGCUUCUGCUUGAAGCCAUGGCUAAAAACUGUUACCUGCAAUUCAUCUAAAACUGCAGUAUGUUGUUGGUCUGCCGUGCAAUCUGUCCGUGUUUUUGUUUUUUGUUUUUUUUUGAUAAUUUGUUGACAUGUAGAUGGCGGCGAGGGAAACGGCAAUCAAUAUCUGUGUCUUUUUCAUUACAAUGUUAAGCGAGCAAAAGACAGGUAUGUAAGGUAGAGGUUACUCUGGGAGGCCAUAAGCUUUCCUAAAGAGAUUGGUUUUAAGGCACUUCUUAAAGUAUUGAAGACUAGGGGAGAGUCUGAUGGAGGUAGGCAGGCUAUUCCAUAGGAAGAGAGCUGCCUAAGAGAAGUACUGCAAGCGUGAGUUGGCCGUAAGGGUGUGAGCAGCGGACCGGAGUAGGUCACUGGCAGAGCGGAGAGACCAAGAAGGGGCAUACCUAUGGAUCUGUGAAGAGAUAUAAGAGGGGCUAGAAUUGUUCAGUGCUUUAUAGGUAUGGGUUAGCUCUUUCAAAUGACUCCUAUAGGAUACAGGAAGCCAAUGUAAAGACUGACAGAGGGGAGAGGUGUGAUAGGAGCGACAAGAGAAAAAUCAGUCUGGCGGCAGCAUUCAUUGCCUGACUGUAGCGGGGCAAUAUGGCUUUUGGGAAGACCAAUUAGGAGAGGGUUACAAUAAUCCAUGCAGGAAAUUACUAGAGCUCCUUGGAAGCAUCUUGUGUAAGAAAGGGCCGGAUGCGGGCUAUGUUUUUAAGAUGGAAUCUACAGGAUUUGGCAACAUACUGGAUUUGAGGCUCAAAGGGGAGGCCAGAAUCCAGUAUGACGCCAAGAAAGUGCGCUUGCAAGGAUGGACCUUUGUGGAUGACGCUAAUUUGAAGGGAGAGCGAAAGAGGAGGAUCAGUAUUUGGAGGAGAAAAGACAAGGAGCCCAGUUUUUGAGAGAUUGAGUUUCAGAAAGUAGGAGGACAUCCAGUCAGAGAUGGAAGGCAAGUAUUGACACGUUGCAGGAUGGGCAGGGGAGAGGUCUGGGUAGGAGAGAUUAUCUGGGUGUCAUUUGUGUACAGGUGGUAGUGGAAUCCAAAUAAGGUAAUAAGUUUGCCAAGAGAGGCAGUAUAAAGAGAAAAUAGAAGGGGACCAAGGACAGAGCCUUGGGGGACUCCAACCGAGACUGGACGAGGGGAGGAGGUAUCAUUAGAAAAGGAGAUGCCGAAUGAGCAUUGGGAGAGGUAAGAGGGGAAAACCACGAGAGGACAGAGUCACAGAGACCGAGUGAUUGAAGAAGGAGAGCGUGAUCAACGGUGUCAAAGGCAGAAGAGAGGUCAAGAAGAAUUAGUAUGCGAGUAGUGGCCUUUGGAUUUAGCUGCAAUUAGGUCGUUCGUAACUAUGAUAAGAGCAGUCUCAUUAGAGUGGAGAGGGUGGAAGCCAGAUUGAAGGGGGUCAAGGAGAGAGUUGGAAUUGAGGAAGUGAGACACAUGGGUAAAGACAAGUCUUUCCAGAAGCCAGAAGCUCUGAGGAGAAAGGGAGCGGGGAUAUGGCACGAUAGAGGGGGAGGACAGGACAAGAGAUGUUGUUGUUUGUUUGUUUUUGUUUUUUUAUUGUUAUUUUUAGGAUAGGUACUACAGUGGCCUGUUUUAAGGUCAGUAGGGACAACGCCAGAAGAGACAGAGCAGUUGAAGAUGUGUGUUAAGGAAGGCUCAAGAAAAGGGGAGAGAGAUCUGAUGUGGUGAGAUGGGACCGGAUCGAGCGGGCAAGUGGUGAGGCGAGAGGAAAGGAGAAGUGCAGCCACCUCUUGUUCAGUAGCUGGGGAGAAAGUCUAACGGGUAGGAAAGGCAUGACCAACGUGUGGUUGAGAAAGAGAAUGGCAAGGUGGGGAGAAUUCUUUCCUUAGCUGUUCAAUCUUGUCGGUAAAGUAACAUACAUGUUCGUGUAUAUCAUGUCACUCACUUUAUAUUUACAUAAUGUACUUUUUUAUAAUUUUUUUUUUUUUUUUAAACUGUGUCUUUAUUAACCAGGUCUCAGAGUGUCACUUGUAAACUAUAACUGAAAGAAUAAUUUAGGAGACUGACUAUGAUCUGCUAUGGUCAGGGUUGCUGAUACAACUGUCCAAGCCUGCAUUGCUCCACAUGUACUACGGCUGGUGUUUUGUUUUGAUAGUGCAUAAUGACAUCUUUGGUUUCUUUCAAAGUAAUUUCUGUUGAAUUUCAGUACACCAAGCCUGCUUCCGAUGUGAACAUGCUGGGAGAGAUGAUGUUUGGCUCUGUGGCAAUGAGUUACAAAGGUUCAACACUGAAAAUCCACUUUAUCCGGUAAAUGUAAUAGUUAUUAUUUAUAUUUACUAUUUAGUUUUCAUUUUUAACUUGAUGUACUGGGGACACAUGUUAAUUGCUGCGAUAGACCCCUAGUAUGAUAUGUUGAGUUUUGAUUGAUAAGAUCACAAGAACAAUCCAGUAAAGCUGUGACCUGACCCACCAUUUGUGCACUAUUACUUCAGAAGUGUUAUUUAGUAACAUGGUAUCAAGACCUGGAAUUGCAAAUACUAGAGGUGAAAAAAAUAAACCUUGGAAAACGUUAAAUUUUUAGCUUUCUUGGCAUGAAAAGAAAUUCCUGGAUCAAUUAUUUUCUGAAUAACCCUGAUGAUUUAUUUACAAAAAUGUAGAAUUGCAUUUAUCUGCAAAUCUAUCCUUCAUAUCUCUAGAAAAUAGUUAAUUAUUGCAACAGUCCUACUUAAUUGUAACCUAAAUUUUUUUUUUUCCAGCUGUCCACCGCAGUUGAUGAUCAGUAAAGUGUUUUCUGCCAAGGUGGGAGGCUUCAGUGGAAGCACAAGCACGUAAGAAUUUGUGUUAGUGUGCGUCCAUGAUAAAUUAGACAUCUACAGGUGAUACUUGAAAAAUUAGAAUAUCGUGCAAAAGUUAAUUUAUUUCAGCAAUGCAACGUAAAAGGGGAAACUAAUAUAUGAGAUAAAUGCAUUACAUGCAAAGCAAGAUAGUUCAAGCUGUGAUUUGUCAUAAGUGCAAUGAUUAUGGCUUACAGCUCAUGAAAACCCAAAAUCCGCAAUCUCAGUAAAUUAGAAUAUUGGGAAAAGGUGCAAUAUUCUAGGCUCACAGUGUCCCACUCUAAUCAGCUAAGUAAGCCAUAACACCUGCAAAGGGUUUCUGAGCCUUUAAAUGGUCUCUCAGUCUGGUUCAGUAGGAAUCACAAUCAUGGGGAAGACUGCUGACCUGACAGUUGUGCAGAAAACCCUCAUUGACACCCUCCAUAAGGAGGGAAAGCCUCAAAAGGUAAUUGCGAAGGAAGUUGGAUGUUCCCAAAGUGCUGUAUCAAAGCACAUUAAUAGAAAGUUAUGUGGAAGGGAAAAGUGUGGAAGAAAAAGGUGCACAAGCAGCAGGGAUGACCGCAGCCUGGAGAGGAUUGUCAGGAAAAGGCCAUUCAAAUAUGUUGGGGACUUUCACAAGGAGUGGACUGAGGUUGGAGUCAGUGCAUCAAGAGCCACCACACACAGACAGAUCCUGGACAUGGGCUUCAGAUGUCGUAUUCCUCUUGUCAAGCCGUUCCUGAACAACAAACCACGUCAGAAGCGUCUUACCUGGGCUAAAGAAAAAACGACCUGGUCUGUUGCUCAGUGGUCCAAAGUCCUCUUUUCUGAUGAGAGCAACUUUUGCAUCUCAUUUGGAAACCAAAGACCCAGAGUCUGGAGGAAGAAUGGAGAGGCACACUCUGCAAGAUCCUUGAAGUCCAGUGUGAAGUUUCCACAGUCUGUGUUGAUUUGGGGAGCCAUGUCAUCUGCUGGAGUUGGUCCACUCUGCUUCAUUAAGACCAGGGUCAACGCAGCCAUCUACCAGGAGAUUUUGGAGCACUUUUUGCUUCCUUACGCAGAUGAGAUUUAUGGGGAUGCUGACUUCAUUUUCCAGCAGGACUUGGCACCUGCCCACACUGCCAAAGUCUAGUUCAAUGACCGUGGGAUUACUGUCAAUUACAGCAAACUCGCCUGACCUGAACCCCAUAGAGAAUCUAUGGGGCAUUGCCAAGUGAAAGAUGAGACAGGAGACUGAACAAUGCAGAAGAGCUGAAGGCUGCUAUUGAAGCAUCCUGGUCUUCCAUAACACCUCAGUAGUGCCACAGGCUGAUAGCUUCCAUGCCACACCACAUUGAGGCAGUAAUUGCUGCAAAAGGGGCCCAAACCAAGCACUGAGUUCAUAUGGAUACUUAUACUUUUCAGAGGUCCGAUAUUCUAUGUACACUCCUUGUUUUAUUGAUUGCAUGUAAUAUUCUAAUUUACUGAGAUUGUGGAUUUGGGGUUUUCAUGAGCUGUAAGCCAUAAUCAUCGCACUUAUGACAAAUCACAGCUUGAACUAUCUUGCUUUGCAUGUAAUGCGUCGAUCUCAUAUUAGUUUCCCCUUUUACGUUGCAUUGCUGAAAUAAAUUAACUUUUGCACGAUAUUCUAAUUUUUCGAGUAUCACCUGUACAUGGCUUUAAAUGGUUAAUGAACAUCAGGGCUUUAUGUAUGUAGAUCAGUGGUCUCUGACCUUUUCUGGACCAAACAACCCUUCAGUGAGCGAGACAUUUCCAAAUCAUUUACUCUUUUACUGCAAGUUAAAAAAGAAAAAAGUUAACUUUGCUUUUAUCCAGCACUGUCUUUACCUCGUUGUAGCAGCUGCUGUCCCAUCUCUUCUUAAGUAUGAAUUUGGGCUUUUUGAUGCUUUUCAAACAGGAGCUUUUGAACCCUAUGGGUAUGCAAAGCAACUGCAAUGCUCAGCCAUUUAGAUGCUCUCUGAGAAAUAUUGAAUCCAGUUCUUCUCUAUGAGAAACAUUCAACGCAAUGCUGAACGUGAAAGCUUACAAUAAAUGAAAGUAUGAUCUGACAGCCACUAGAAUAAUCUUGACAAAUGUAAACAUAGCCUUUUCCCUCAAACUGCAAUGUUUACAUUUGUCAGACUGCAGGAGCAGAAUCUUUGCACUAAAACCACUGAUGAUGUCCUAUUUUUGGUGUUUAGAGAGUCUUUUAUUUCCAGAUGGGCAUCACAACUUUAAUGUUGACACUCAAGAGAAAAAAACAAACACAUUUUGGCACUUCAAAUGAGCAAUUGCAAUCGUAAAUUGAAAUAAAGUGACUUGAGGCAUACUAGUUGAAAACCACUGUGGUGGAUUAAAAAGACAAUGUGUUCAUUUGAGGUUUUAGUUUUUCUUUGUGUCCCUACAACCCAUAAUAUUAAAAAUAUUUUUAUAGUAUGCCCACAAAUACCACAAUACUUGAUAAACAUACAAAAGUAUAAUAGAACAAUUUAUUAUUUUUAUAGAAUAAUCUUGUAUCCCCUAAACAAACUGAUUACAGCAGGGUUGAAAUCUUACACAUGGCCGCAGUGUUCGGAUGUGUAGCAUGCACAGAAUAUUUACAUCAGUUAUGUUCUGUGUUUUAGGUCUGUGCCACUUUAAGAGGGAUUUUUUUGUUUGUCUUGUUUAUUUUUAUUUUUUUCUGUUUUUAGUUUGCAGGAUAGCCUUGAAAAUAUUCAUCCAGAUGUCAGUGCCACAAAAUUUGAUGUAAGUCAGAAUGUGCAAGGAUUGGAUCAAAGUACUGCCCACUUGGGUAAGUUGUCUCUGAUUAUUAUCCAUGUCCUUUUUAAUCAUCUACACGCAGGUAGUAGACAAGAGGAUCCAGUCCUAUGUGGUGGUGUGUGCAGUUAGCCGACCUCUGGGACAACUAGUGUUCCAGGGUUGAGAGAUUACCCUAUUUGGUUUUAUCAAUAUCCAUAUAGAAACACAACUUGGUGGACUGGUUUGGACACAUCAAAUAUGACAUUAUCCACUUACACCUAUUGCAGUGAUCUAAGCAGCGACCACACCUGUCUAUCACUAUUGGGGACUCUUGACUGUACUUUAUGGUGGUGGGCAUCAACACUAUUUUAAAUUCUGUGGUCCAGCCGCUCCUUUUUUUUUUUUUUUCUAAACUGCCUUACCCUAAAAUGUUCUGUUUAUUUUGUCAUAAUCCUAAUACUUUUAGGUGUGAUUUUCGUGCCCUUUUAUAUGUUUGUCUUCACUUUGCUUUACUUUUUUUUUUCCUUCUUAUCUUAUGUUUUGUUUUUUUGUUUGUUUGUUUUUGUCUUGUGUGUUUUUUUUUUUGUUUGCUUUCUUUUCUGUUUUUAGGUUUGUUACAGACUUGUAGCAGCAAACUGCUGCCUGGCGUUUUUGAAGCUCGCCCCCUCCGGCUCAUCCGGAGUGCCUCUUUCUUUGCAGGUUUGUGUGGGAUGCAGAACUCACUAUACCACACAAGUCAUUCUUGCUUUCUUGAUUCACAAGCUGAAAUCAUACCUUCUUUUCAGAAUUUCAAAGGGUCUCAUAGUGUCGAAGUGUGAUUUAAUAACUUAAUCUAUGUUGCAAACCAGCUUCUCCUGGGUCUUUUGGUCCCAGUGCUAUGACAGACAUAUUUAUAUCAAGUAAAUAAAAUAUUUUAAAAGGAAGACAGUCUUGCAAGAUCCUCUAAAAUAUUUGCUCUGUUUUUGAUCUUUUGUGAUCACAAGUCUGUGUUUUCUUUAAUGAGUAUUCUUAGGGUACACUCUAAUACCAGAAGUGUUGUGGUUAUUUUCAAUUAUAAUAAAUGUAUCAGUCAAUACAUUGUUAAACACAGAUCUACACACAACAGUUAAGCCAUAACACUUGCUAUUCCCACAAAUUUGCCGUGAUCUUACUACUGCAAUCCAUUUAUUUAUUAGAUUACAAAUGAGGCCCUGUGUUUCUGAAAUGACUUACAGUUUUCAUUAAACAUUUUGGUGUUCAUAUUUCUUCUUGUGUGUAUCUGUUAGUUUAUGUCUGAGAAAGUAUGUUGGAUGUUUAAUCUUCUUUUAAAAUUAAACCUAAUUACACAGUAUUAUUUAUCCAUUGGAUAAUAAUUGGAAUUCAUUAGACCAAACUUGCUGAUUAGCACUGUCACUGUAAUGCUUUGUUUCAUAGGCUGGACAUUUCCUAUAGAUAAUAGGGAUGUCCCGAACGGUUCGUCACAAACAUAUGCGCUGUUCGGUCCGCCCCCUAUUCGUCAUCAUUGAGUAAACUUUGACCCUGUACCUCACAGUCAGCAGACACAUUCCAGCCAAUCAGCAGCAGACCCUCCCACCACCUGGACAGCAUCCAUUUUACAUUCAUUGUGAAGCUGCAUUCUUAGUGAGCUGUCCAGGAGGUGGGAGGGAGGGUCUGCUGCUGAUUGGCUGGAAUGUGUCUGCUGACUGUGAGGUACAGGGUCAAAGUUUACUCAAUGAUGAUGAAUAGGGGGCGGACCGAACAGCGCAUAUGUUUGCCGUCCACGGCGAACCGUUCGGGACAUCACUAAUAAUCACAUAUGAGUAUACAAAUUAGUAGUGUGUGUCUUUCACAUAGAAUGCUACUUAAACUGUGCUAUUGAACUAAAACUGAUUUUCUUCGAGUUGAUGUCUAAUUUACUGUAGUUUUAGUAUAUUGUUGUUAUUAUUGGACCUCUGGGCACUGAUCGGUAGCUAUCCAGCCUGUCUAUAGCAUGAACAGAAUGCUGGCUUAUGACUUGUAAAACCUUCAAACCUGUAAAAAAAAAACAAAACAAAAAAAAACAAGCAACCAAACUGGAGUGACAUUGGUCUUUAAUUCUGGUGGGCUUUCCACGUGUUGUUUUUAUUUUAAACAAAAUUUGACAAGGUUUUUAUUUUCCAAAUUUAAAGUUUUCUACAUGGUAAGGAACAGGUUUGUUCAACAAUUUAAUUUGAUAAGGGCUUAGCACCUGAAAAGAUUAGACUUAAAAAGCAUACCGUUUAAUGCAAACUUGGAAUAUUUUUAUUGAACCAAUAUUUAACCCCCUGGCCCCCAAGAGCUAUUUUUAUUGUGUAGUUAUAUUGAUAUGAGUGUGUGAGCAUGUGUGAGCAAUAUGUAUAUUUUACAUUUCCCAGAAAUCUAUAAUCUAAUUUUGUCUGACAGUUUUAUCCUUUUUAACAUCAUUUAUGAAUACCUUGAGUCAUCAGUAGUAUAAUCUAAUCCCAGGGUGCUACUAACAUUCCUAACAUGCACUAGUGGACAUUUUGAUUGUGUUGUUUGGUUUAUUAAUCUGGGUACAGAUAACCAUAUUAUUGAUGCCUCUCUAACUUUGGUGAUGACAAACAUUCUGUGAAUUUAAGCUGGGAGAGUAUUGUUUGUUGAUUUCUACCCUUUAACUCCAAUUUCUUAGAUAUGUGGUUUUUUUUUUUUUUGUUUCCUUUUGUUCUAGCUCACAGCACACCUGUGGAUAUGCCCAGCAGAGGUCAGAAUGAAGAUAAAGAUAGCGGGAUAGCUCGAUCAGGUAUCUGCAUUUAUUAUUCUGUAACCAUUUAACCAAAAUAAUCUGUCAUUAUUUUGAAAUAUGAGCCGGUUUGUAGAUUAAAAACCCGGAACACCAAUACAAUGUGGAAGUGUGGGGCAUUCUUUCCUGUAAAAAUGCAGCUUUUGGUAGGAAAGGUUCUUCAUGCAGUAAUUGGCAAUAAACUAUGUCUGCUAAUUUUUUUAUGUUUCUAUGGACAUGGCAAAACAUAAUUUUUUAUUUUUUUUUAAUAAAAUUCGAAAAGAUGACCCACUCUUCACUCAUAAUGCACUUGAGCAAGCUGAGCACACAAGUAAAUUUUUAUUUAUUGUAUAUAGUCUGCUUAGUUGUCGUACUAUGACACUUCCAUGAUGUAACCUAAACUGUCAUACUCUAUUUUACUUGAAAUAGGAAUACUUACUGUCUUUUUCUUUUUUUUUUUUCUCCUCUCUUAUUGUGCAUUUCAGCUUCACUUAGCAGCCUGCUAAUCACCCCACUUCCUUCUCCAAGUUCUUCCUUCUCCAGUAACUGUGCAAGUAGUUAUCAGCGUCGUUGGCUACGGAAUCAAACCACCAGCUUAGAGAAUGGUCUCUUUCCUCGGUGGUAAGUACUCCCUUCAUUCAUUAUUCUGUGUAGCUUUCGUGGAUUCACAUUCGUGUGUUAUCCUUUCACUGCUUAUCAUGUGUUUUGGACGCAUUGGUAACAGUAUCUUUAUUCUAAAUAAGGACUGUAAAUCCGAAGAGAGAGGAAAAUGUUUAAACCUGGUUAAUUUUUUAAAGGAGGGGGUUAGUGGCACGUAGUGAUGUCUCCUAUAAUUGUAAAAAAGGAGAACAAGAAAAGAUUAGGUCAUGAAUUCCAGACCUAAUCUUUAGGUAAAGGCAGCCCUUAUAGAUAGAAAUCCUUUAAAACCUAACUUUUAAUAAAUCUUUGCUAAAAAGUGCUGUGUAAACAUAUUCAGUAGAAGGGGAAAAAGGAUCAGCGCUAAAAGGUACUUGUUAAAGUAGUUAUGGUACCUGUGGCAUGGGGGUAAUCAUGAUAAGAUAGUCUAAGAUCCCAAUUUCCAACCAAGGAAAGUUAAAUAAUAAAAUCUGUCUCCAACUCCCAUCACCCAGUGCCAAAUAGCGUUAACUCCCUUCCCCUAAUGCUAGAAGUUUAACCAAAACAGACUACUAGCUAUAUAUGUAUUCUAGAUACGAUUUAAAAACAAUAGUGAGGUGGCUAAUCUAGGCGAGUGUAAAGCUGCAGCAUCGUCCCCAUUUGUCUCUGCCACCCACUGCUCUAAAUUCCCGUCGCGCGUUUCGCCGACUACCGGCUCUUCCAAGGGAACCGGGUAAGAGUGAAUAAAUCGUUUAACUAUCCCGCCCUCCAUUCUGAUUGGACAUCAAUUCCGCCAACCAGAAUGGUGGGCUGAAAGGUGAUGUCCAUAUGAAUACCUUAACACUUGCUGGUAAGGGAGAAAGUCAAAAUAUAAUAAUAAAUAGUUAGUAUAAUAGUAACCCAAAAAUGAAUUGGGUAAACUUUACACCAAGUCAGUAUCGAAUAUUAAAUCCCUUCUGGGUGGUAAAUGUCCGCAAGUACUGAGAAUGAUUGACACUCUCAGACUCGUAAAUUCAUCCAAUAUUCUAUGCUGUCUCGUUGUAGCAAGAAUUUGCUUCAAUAGCUGUUCGUUUAAUAUGUUGCCAGUCUGCAGUAACUAUGAUCAUACAUGUCAAGAGAUUAUUAGGUCCUUAUGUUGAGGUUUAUCCCGCUGGGGAUGAUUGAAAUUAAACAGUAGCAAUCAUAAAUAAAUGAUAGUUGAUAAUAAUGAAUAUAACCAAUAACAGUAGCUUUGAAAACUUCCUAGUGAGAAGAUAAUAGAAACAGUAAAGCUUCCCAUUUGUGAUUCAUAUAUAUAUAUCUGGAAGCCUUUCUUAUAGAAAGCUCAAAGUGCAGUCGAAAAGGGGACCCUAUAGAGUAUUAAUAAAGGGGUGAUUUAUGAUAUGACCAUAUUAUAAAUUGUAGAGUCUACUUCUCUUGAAACAGUUACCACCAAGCCAUAACGCUAUGGGACACAAUAGUCACCCAGAUUCUCCAUGAAGUGGUCUGGGUGCAGUGUUCCUGUCCUUUUAACCCUGCAAUGUAAAACAUCACUUUUUUUUUUUGUUUUGUUUUUUAAAUUUAAAUUUAAAAAAAUAUAUAUAUUUUUUUUUAUGGCAAUGAUUACAUUGCAUGGUUAGGUCCACCUAUACUGGCUGUUACUAGGACAUUGUAGAAGACUGAUAGUUGAGCUGGAAAAAAGAGAAGAAAAACUUUUUUUUAAAAUAUGUUUUUGUACUUGCUGCGGUGGAGGGCGGGGGAGCUCAAUAAGAGUAGGAACAGGGCACCUGCUGUGUUAGGAAUACAGAUUUGUAAUCCUAAUGCUAUAGUGUUCCUUUAACCACCAGUGUAACUCUACUAACAGACUUUCACAGGGUUACUCUAACACAGUUGUGGCUAAGCUUUGACAAUGUAGCUAUUUUGGUCAGUGGUCCUCAUGAUGCCCACCCACUUGGUACAGGUGCAAGGUAAUAGAACAUUGAAAUAAUACUUUUCUAGCCAUGCCAAGGGCUGUUCUACUGAGUACCUGAACUCCAUUUUUUUUAUUUCAGGGGUAGACCUUUAUAUUUAAUUAUAUUUCUCUAGCAAGGUUUAUUACUCCAUCCUAGAAAUCUUAAUGCUGAAAAUUUGAAUAGUUUUUUUUUGCAGUGCGCUUCAAAACUGCAAAAGACCUGUUACAGACAUUAAAAGAUUUCUAAAAAUAACCUACAGUACAAUACAAUAAUCAAAUAAUAUUCCCAGUCUAAACUUUUCUGAACCUGCCCAUCAUUAUUCCCACAGGAAGAAUGAAGAAACCUUUAGCAUGGCAGAUGAAAAUUACACAUCUAACCCAACAAUGAUCGGAAGAAAGAAGAUUGCCAUCAGCAUCCUCUUCUCAUUGUCAGAAAGUGAUGAAGCCCAGAAGAGUUUCCAGGAUUUCUUUUUUUCUCAUUUUCCUUUGUUUGAAUCACACAUGAAUAAACUGAAGGCCUCUAUAGAAAAGGUACCAAAGCUAAUCUAUGUAUUCUUCUUAUGUAUUUUAGUUCCAGUAUAUUAAUAAAAUGUACAGAAGAGCUCUAAAAAAGUUAAAUUAAUGCAGCCUAAUUAAACAUUUCUAGCACCCAAAUGAGUUGAGACUCCUCUUACUUAGUGAGAUACAACUUUUAUAUUUUUAUCUAACAAUUUCAAUUUUCUUUUCAGUCCACCACCAUUAUAAUAGUUAUUAUAUAUACUUUUCAGUAGACUUUUGUUCAAGAAAUGUAAAAUCUAAAAUCAUAUGCACUUUUAUAACGUUUCCUUCAUAUGGUUGACUUUUUUUUACAUUUUUUGAUUUAGCUGUUAAUGUUAACAUUGUGUGUUGUUUUUAUCUCAGGCUAUGAUAUCCUGCAGAAAAAUUACAGAUUCCGGUCAGAGAGUUCAGGUUUACCUUAGCCAAGUCAUGGAUGCUCUUGGACAAUUUAGGUAAGCUCUGCAGGAGCUGAGUGUUUUUCUGCUGUGUGUGUGUUUUGUUUUUUGUUUAUUUAUUUUUUUAAUUAAAAAAAAAAACUUAUUUUGAGCCACAUUAGUGAGCAGAGUGCAUUUAUUUAUUUACAAAGUUAUCAGUGGUUAUUUUUGUUUUGAAAAAAAAUUAUUUGGUCAAUCGAAUUUGUAUUAAUGUAAUACGCUGAAUAUACAUGAGAUAUCUUAAAAUAGAAAAGAUCCUAGGUUUACAUGACACUAGACAAAGCAAUUAUAACUCGUUGUAUCAUAUAAACAAGAUAUCAGGAAUACAGUCGCCUAGCAUAUUGAUAGGAUAUGCCGGCAUGUAGGCUCAGCAAUAUAACCUAUAAGAUUGUAUGGUGCUUGAAAGAACUAUUACAGUAAAAUAAAAAGCAUAUUAUGUCAGCAGUGAAAGAAAAAUAAAUCUGCAAGAUUAAAGACAAUGUAAAUAAAGGAGUGCUUUGAAAAUUAUAUAAUAUUAUAGAUUGAUAGAGAUAUGUGGGAAGCAAAUAGAUGGUUUUGGAUUUGUAAUCAUUCUUGUUUUCAUAAAUUAAGCUGCAGAGUGCUGAAUUACACUGCUUCUUAAAUGAAAACUCCCAACUUUAUACAGAAAGACAUUUUAUUAUGAAGUAAGGUCACCUGCCCCCCCUAUUCUGUAAAUAAAGGGUUUCUCAUAAAGAAGGAUGGUCUUGGGGCACAACACCAUCAGGAAGAGCUCCCUCUUUCCUUUCUGGUUGACAUCUGGGAUGGUGCAACCUUGUCAGUUUGCAAAAGUUCAGAUUUCUCUUGAAAUCAACAAUUUUUUUAUUUUUUUUAUAAAGGGACAAAGGGUCAAAUCUGUUAACUUUUAAAGCAUCUCCUCAAGCUGAAUUGCUUUAGAGGUUUGGAGUGUUACUUUAACUACUUCUGGGGAUGGCUCUUUGCAGCUGUGUACCUGACAAAUUAGGGAUUUUGUUUGUUUUUCAUUGCAUUAGCUAUGUAAUGCAUUUUAAAUCUGGCCGAUAUCAUGCUUACUGUGAGUCAGAACGUAAAAGGACACUCCACUGCAAAAAAAAAACUAAACAUUAAAUCACUAUUUAGUAGAUAUACCUUCAAUUUUACCUACAUACAUUUCAUUAUGCAUUGUUUCUUUGGGGCUGUAUCUAAAAACAGAUUGCAAAAGCUGCAGAUCUCUUGUCUGAAGCCUUUGAAAGCCUUCCCAUUCUAACAGUGCCCAGACUUUCUGUGGCUAUCAAAUUAGACUCCCAAUUCAGCUAAGUGAGAAGACGUUGCAUGGCAGGUGCUCUGGGCAAUUGCUGCCACUUGAGUUUAGCCCCACUAAGCUAAUAAAACAAAGAAGUAACCAGACAUUUUGUUACUUGGAAGCAAAGGGAAUGUAAUGUAUAAAAGUGUAAAUUUGCAUUGCAACUUUUUGCAAAAUGGGCACACUCCUCACACAUAAGGAUUUACGCAAGCUAAAGUACUUUAGGGCUCUGCUGUGCCCUUUUUUUCAAGCGCCAGAACAGCCCUCGAAACACUUUCUUUGGUUGAUACCUGCGUUUUAUUUUUUUUUUUUUUUUUUUUUAAAUAAAAGUAAAUCGGUUCAACUUAAUCACUUAUAUUGAAUUGAAAGUGUUGAAGGUGUUUCAGAGUGGUGGUUAUUCGGAUCCAUGGAAUUUCAUCUAAAAGAUUGAUUCAGAUAUUUAAUUAUAAUGUGUGUUUGCUUGUGUUUUUUUUGUUUGUUUUCUUCAACUAAUGAAGUUUACUUACUGGGUUCCUGUUCACUGUUAAAAAUGUAAAUGAAUCUAAUAGUUUUGUAAUCUUUCAGGGAGACUAUCUGGAAUUUGUAUUAUUUUCCUCGAAUUGCGGAACCCGUGUGGCUUACAAUGAUGUCCACUAGUUGUGAAAAAAGCCAGCUGUGUGAGCAUUUUCUCAAAGAGUUCACAUUCUUGAUUGAGCAGCUUAACAAGAAUCAGUAAGUCCAGUCAAUGUUAACCUGUGGAGGGGUAGUUGUAACUUUUUUCUAAUUUUAUUGAUUUUUAUGUGCAUGUGUAUCAACCAAUUUUACAACUAACAUGUUUGUGUUAUUUGAGUAGGAGAUUAUGGCAAUUCUAAAUUAAGUGGUGUACCCUUUUUUUACAUUUUUGUUUAGUGCACAAAGGUUUUUUUCACACUUGCCGAUACCAACACAAAUUGCAGUUCUGCUUGUGUCUGUGUGCCUAUAUAAAGGGGUGGCGGUGUGUGUGUAUAUGUGUGUGUCAUACACACUCACACAUUUCUAUUUGCUACAAGCUGUUUGUGAGGGAAAAUUUAGCCUGAGUGAGUAAAAAUUAUUUUCUAUUUUGUGUGCCAUGUACUCUCCUAGAUUGGAGUGGCAGGUGACUUUGAAAUUCUGGCUAGUGGUAUAGAUCUUGAAAUAAAACACCAGAUGUGUAAAAUAAAAUAAAUAAGUUGUAUACGCAUAUAACAUUGUCUUAAAAUGUCAAUUCCCAUGCUACUAGUCAUUAAAAGUUACUUGCCACUGCACCCUGUGAGUGUCCAUGGUACACUCACCAAGGGGUACAUUUCACACACACACUGUCUGAGACCAUUGCUCUAUGUUUUUCAGGUUCUUUGCGGCCCUGAUCACUGCAGUGUUAACUUACCACUUGGCAUGGGUACCUACAGUCAUGCCAAACAACCAUCCUCCUAUAAAGUCAUUCUCUGAAAAGCACACAUCGCAGUCAGUUGACCUGCUGGCAAAGUCCCACCCGUAUAACCCCCUGUGGGCACAGCUUGGUGAGUUAGAUGUUGUAUAGCUUAUUGGUGGAAACAUACAUGCUUUUGGCAUAUACUCACUGAAUAAGCACGUCAUAUAGUCAGGGUAAUUGCCAGGAUAGAUUAUAAAACAUGGUUCUACAUCUAAAUAUGCAAGCACUAGGAAGACAUUCCUUUUUUUUUAAUAAUAUUUUUUUUUUUAUUUAAACAUUUUACAAAUAACAAUACUUCCAUUAAUAGUUUUAUAUUUCGUUAGAGAUAAUAUAAUCAAUCUUCGAUUCAUAUAAAUUUCUUACAUGGAAGAUAAAGACAUAUACACAAACAUGGUAUAUUACAUUACUAAUGAUACAUACGCUAUACAAAUUUACAAUAUAAUACAAUACACAACGUUGCAACAUAAUUGGAAAUUUAGAAAGUUUUCCUUACUAGGGUGGAAGGAGCAUUCUUAAUAAAGCUCUAAAAUUACCAAUGUCCAAAGUAUUCACAAUUUGGCUAAUAUUAUUUCAACUUAAUAGAGACUCGUUUACUUAUCUCAUAUUUUCUCUAUUAAUUCCGAACAUUUCAACCAAACAGAUACUUUUUUGCUUAGUUUUUGUUUACUCAACAUCAACUCCAUUUGUAUCUGAAACUCGAGUUGAUUUUUUAACUCUUCUCCAGGGGACGUCUAUAUCUUUUUUCCACCAUCUCGCAACCACUAUUUUAGCAGCCAAGAAAAGGUGAGUAAGAAUUAAUUUUAGUUCAUACGACAUAGGUGGCCAAUUUAGAUGUAACAAAACUACCUCCGGGGAAAUUCUCAACUCGAGUUUCAGAUCUACGGGUAUAAACUUUUGAAUUUCCAACCACAAAUUUCUCAGUUUAUGGCAAUCCCACCAUAUAUGUCCAAAAUUGGAUGACAUUCUGAAAACAAAGUGUAUAAAAUAAUGAAGACUUAAAGACGCAUAUUUAAUGUUGACUCUCUCGAAACCCUUGUGUGAAAUUAUGAAUCAUCAUCCAUAAAAUUCUUCAGUAACUUGUGAAGUGCCACUGUCAGCCAUCCGUGCAAUAAGAUAUCACCCCAGCUGCUUGUGUAAAACUGCUCAGCAGUUCCGGCAAUAAAUAAAUAUAUACCCAAUUGCUUGCUGUUUUUCAAUGUCUUUAAAAUGCUAACUUGGUUCAUUACCUACUUUUAAUAUGCAAUCCGCAUCUUCUAGAAGAUUCCAAGAAGAAUUUAGAAGUCUAAAAUUGUGCAGUCUAUCUGUACACUGCUCUGCACGUCUUUGCUCUGCACUGGUUUCUGUUGGGCUGUCUUGUUAGAAUAGACACACAUUAUUUAUAAGUCUGAGUCUAUAUAGCCUUGGGCAACAGCAGAUAUGCAUAAUUCGACACAAAUAUAUUAACUAUGUAUUUGUACAAAUUAUCUUGACAAGGUAAAACCCUUUAUUGUGAUUGGUUUUGAACUCAUUCCAGGAAUAUCUCUUCUCAACAAUUCUAAUUCUGCACUACACCAUGACUACUACAGGUCCCAUCCAAAUUGCUACCUGUAAAGACUCACACAAGCCUGACAAUCACUGGAAAGGAAUAGAUUUUGGUAGACCAUAAGACUAAGCUGAAUUAAUCGUACCUAUGGAAUCUCUGUAUCGUAAACAAUGGAUUACUGUAUCCCUUGCUGUCUGAACAGAUGUGUUAUUUGUUCAUAGAUACAAUUUCAUUUUUUUUUUAAAUUAAUUACAAAGAAUUCAUACAAAAUGGACUCUCAUAAUGUGGCAUUGCUGUAGUGAAGGUGCAGUUUUCUAGUGGAAAAUAUGUCUGCUAAAAUAAGUAGGGUUAUCAAAUCCACAAUGUUUCAAAGACACACGUAAUUUUGUCAAAUUUGAUGAAAAUGCAUGAAAAGGGAUGCCCUGCAGUAUGUAUAAUACAUAUUCUGCAGGAUUAUUUAUUGCCUAAUUACUUAAUCUUAUACACCUUCUUCUGAAUUCUACAUACUACCCCUUUUCAUAUGCUGCCCAUCAAAUAUAUAUAUAUAUAUAUAUAUAUAUAUAUAUAUAUAUAUAUAUAUAUUUUUUUUUUCUUUUUUUUUUCGGUUACCAGAUGCACCAUGUUUUCUGGGACACAUAUUACGUAUGUAUGCAUAUAACAUGGUGCAUCUGGUAACCGAAAAAAUAAGCAAUCUAAACAUUGUGCAUAAAGUUUAUAGCACCAUUUGCAUGAAUAUAGAAUAUGUUUAAUGUAAAACUCUUUAGUGUUUUAGGGAAAUAAAUGUUCAUUCAGCAAUGCUCCUUAGUAUACAAAGAUACAUACAAGAAGAGAGCUUACAUGAGUUAGUGAUUUUGGCUUGUGCAAUGGCAAUGAAUUGAUUUUAAGCCAUAUUUAAACACAUCAUUGCAUUACCAUCCAUGUGUCAUUUGUCAUAAUCCACCUCUGUCUGGAAUACACAUUGGCAACCUUAGAGAGCUUUGUACUUUCAUUGUAUCUAUGCCCCGAGUUAAUUUAACUACAGGCUGAACAUGCCUAAGUCAGAGGUGACAUUACUGAGAUAAGCUGCUUAGACUUCGUGGGAUUUACAAACUCUUAAGGACAUGCUUAAGGUUACUCACGUUCAUGUGAUCAGCACGGGAUGUGAUGUUCUGUAAAUGGAAAGCUCCGCUAGACUGCAUAAUUGGUCUCAUUUAAUGGUUUAUUCUCGAAAUGGGAAUUGCGGAAAAUUGAAAAAGAAUAGUUGUCAAAAAUGGUGAAAGUUUGGCAUAUGUUUUGUAAUUCCUCUGUUAAUACUCCACAAUUAUCUGUUAAUAAUAAAAAAGCAGCAUGAUAUUUCUUUUUGACAAAUUUCUGUAAUUAUUAUAAUGAAUCGAAAGCCUCAGACCAUUCCAACUGCCAAAACAUUUGCUGGUUUGAUCCAUGGUAACUGGGCUUAUGAACAAAUUUAAAAAAAAUUUCAACAGCUGCUGCAGUGUAAAACUGAGCUUUAUGGGAGAGCUAUAGGCCUCCCGUUAAAUGUUACAUUUACUAAGUGAAGGAGAGAUGGCUAUAUGUGCAAUGCAAUGAUUCUAUACUAAUCUUAAAGCACUUUUCCAUUAUUUAGUCAAUGGUAUUAGCUUAAAGUGGCACAAUAGUUUGCCAAAAGAAUGGCAGGCAUGCAUAAGUAUAAGCCUAAGGCAGGCAUUAUUCAAUGCAAUUGAAUGAUAACAAGAGCUUGUAAACAAGAUUGCAUCAAUGCUAGGUAUCAUGUACUUGUAUAUAAAAACAAACUAUAAUGUAAUGCAAAUGAAAAGCAGACAGAUGACAAAGAAGGGAAAAAAUGAUUCAGAAAAGAAGAAUAUGUGAGUUGACAGGAAGCAAUAAUGUCUCAAGAUACUGAGGCAUAUUUCAACCGAGGAAUCAAAGUUGAUCAAAAUGACUUUCAUUUUAUUUUACCAGCCAUGGCCCUCUUGUGGUCAGUGUAUGUUAUGCACGUGCAUAAUCACUUAAACAUAUUAUUCAUCUCACAAUGUGAAAUGUUUUUUAUUUUUCUCUCUAUACCAUAGCCUUACUUGGUGCCUUUUUAAUGUUUUAAUGUAGUUUUUGUUUCAUGGCAUUAUUAGAAACAUAGACUGUGACGGCAGAUAAGAACCAUAUGGCCCAUCUAGUCUUAUUCUUACUUGAAGAGAGUGUUUUAAAACUGUAAAGAUAUAGAGUGUUUAUAUUAUAAAUUUUUUAGUGCUCUUGUGUUUUUGGGUUUGUUUGUUGUUUGUGUUUUCUGUUUUUGUUUAUUUAUUAUUUCUAUAUUUUCCCCCAGGUGACUUGUAUGGGGCAAUUGGUUCCCCGGUUAGAAUGACUAGAACGGUUGUUGUUGGCAAACGGAAAGAUUUAGUUCAGCGAAUUCUUUAUGUUCUGACUUACUUCAUCCGAUGCUCGGAACUCCAAGAAAGCAAUCUUGUGCAGAGUACCAGCCCAGACCAAGGGGAACAAAUGGAUAAUGGCAGUAAGAUCACAACCUCUCUAGAGAAAGGAGAAGUGGAAGAAUCCGAAUAUGUUGUUGUAACAGUAAAUAAUGAGCCUGCUCUGAUAACCCCUUCUGUGUACAGUAAAACUAGUGAAGCAUCAGAUAAAAAGGUAGCAGAGAUGGCCGUUCAUGAUUCUUCUUAUCCUACUGGAAAGGAAAGCAGUUCACAAAAUGUUAGCCUUUGCAAAGUGCAAACAUCAUUGGCCAAAGAAGCCAGGCUAGAAACGUUGGUUUCUGUGACCAGGGCACCAUCGUACAGAGUGGAAGAUGUAGCCACUCCUGAGUUUUCAUCUCCACGUGCCAAAAACUAUAACCAUGGUCUUAGGGAUGAGACGCAAUCCUGUAAAGAAGUGAAGUUGUCGGACUGGGCAAAAUCAGUACUACGUGCAGAGACACCAGACACUGGUUCAUCUCUAAAUAAGGUCAUUUUCAAAAUGGGGUGCUCACCUACUCUAGACUCUGGCUUUGAGGUUUGCAAGGAGAAGCUGGAAGAAAACCUAGAAGACCCUUGUAAACAGACUGAGAAAGUCCACAGUCCCACCAGGUCACAUUCUUCCAAAAUUCAAGCAGUUGCUGCCGCUGAUAAUUAUUUUACUGCAGAAAAAAGAUUCCGCAUCUGUUCACAAAUAGACUCAUCAGUAAGUGGUUCAAGCAUAUUUGAUGAAUAUUUUGUAGAAGGAAACAACAUUGAGACAAAUACAGUUGAGAUCCUUCCCUCUCGUCCGCUCUUGUCAGAGAAAUGUUUCAUUUCGAGCUCUUCAAAAUCAUCAGUGAAAGCACAGCUUAAGGACACAGAAAUCUGCAUAAAUGUCUUGCCAAAUGCUUAUAAUUCAGGAACUCAAAUGUACUCUUAUGGAAAUAUCCCCUGUGGGGAUGAAGUAAAGAGGACUGAGGUUAGGACAAGGGGAGACAUUCCAAGGAACAGGAGCUGUGAUAGUGCAAUUGGAAACAGUGAUGAGGAGUGCAGCGACCCUACUAAUUGUCAUUUCCACUGCAGUCAUUUUACAGAGGAGAAGAUCCCACUACCUAGGUAAUAUCUAUCAUUAUGCCACAGAUUGAUUUACUUGGAACAUUCUAUAUCUUGUUUGAAAGUCUACUACAUUCUAAAUCUGAUAUUUUAAAGUAUUUACUAUGUUUCCGUGACAAUAAAAUGUGCUUAUAAUGCAGAAAGUAAAUUGUCAGGCCUAUAUUUCAGGGAUUCAUGACUUUUACAUGCUAUAAAUUAUAUAUAAAUUAAUUUAAUGCAGAAUGUUACGCAACACACUUUAUUUCAAAAAUAUGUUUUAAAAUAAGGUUUACACAGAAAACCAUGGUAAAACGUAUUUCAUAAUUUCUGACCUUUUGUUGGUCGGAAACCUGUUGCCUUAAUUUCAUCCUUAUGGCAUUCCAUGGAGUGAACCAUUUUUUGUUAUUCAGAUGGUAUAAUGUUAAACCAAGAUUGCAUAAUUGCUUCUGUCAAUUGUCUUGUAUUCCUACGUAACAUCUCAAGUUUUUUUGUUAUUCCACUCCACAAAUUUUUUUUGAGUGCAGGUCCAGGACUGUUACCUUUCUAUUGUUGGAGUGUAAUUAUGAUUUUUCCUGAAACCACUUUUUUUUGCACGCAGUAACAUGACAAAGAGCUCAAUCCUGUUGAAAUAUAUAUAGGCUAAAUUAUGAAAAGGUCAUGUGUUAAAGGCUUCAGUUUUGGCUCAAGUAGAUAUCUGAUAUUAUUUUAUGUAGAGUACCAUGAUUCAUACAAAUUCUGCUCACACCUUUUGUUGUCAUAAAACCUCUGGUCAGAACACUGACUGGAAACUUUGUGGUAGCUGUAACACAUUCAGGCAGCAAGUCUUCUCCAAUUCUUUAAAUUGUCUUUCAAUUAUUGAUAUUCUGAUCAGAGGGAGUGUGUGUGUGUGUGUGUGUGUGUGUGUGUGUGUGUAUAUAUAUAUAUAUAUGUAUAUAUGUAUGUAUAUAUAUAUAUAUAUAUAUAUAUAUAUAUAUAUAUAUAUAUAUAUAUAUAUAUAUAUAUAUAUAUAUAAAUAUAAUAUAGAGAGAGAGAGAGAGGGUUAGGGAUAUGUAGGGUAAACAGACAUUCAGGGUAGGCCUCUAAAAAGAAGGCAAAAAAAUAAGUUUAAUACUUUAAUACGUGUCGACCUUACACAAUCAAUACUUUAAAUUUAAUCAGCAUUUAUAACCAUACCUGAAAGAGAAAAUUGGUUAGUGGGAGAUCCUGUAUAACACCAAGAUACUGGCUGAUCUAUGCUAUGCCAAGUGGCGAAACAAUUAAGCUAAAUUGGUGACUUGGGAACCUAACUAGUUGCCAAGUGGCGAUGAGAGGAUCUGCCUAUGAUUUGGCCCAUUGGGUACCUUUUGAGCGUUGUGGUGGGCUAUUGGUGAGGAUUAAAGAGAUUCAAAAUAGGUUGGGCGUGAGAGCUGAGGCCCUAACUGCUUUUGCCAAGAGGGCAGAAAUGCGAGGCAGUAACUAUGAUUUUGGCCCAAGGGGAGAAUACCUCCUUAGUUGAGGAUGGAAGUUGGCCUCGCAGGACUGCUAAAUAAUGGCACAAAAAGCCGAAAUGAUCUAUGGCCACUUAAGAAACCAUAACAGCCAGAUCAAGCUAAAGAUAAGUCUCUUGAUCGAGUGGUUGUUGUAAGAAGGGAGGUAGUAUCGUAAAGUGAGUCACUUACGUGGUGACAUGAAAAGCGUAAAUGCGACGCCAUAAAUGUGCCAGAAUUUAUAACUAUACCUGAAAGAAAAAUGUUGUUAUUGGGAGAUACUCUAUAACACCAAGAUACUGGCGGACCUAUGUUAUGCCAAGUGGCGAAACAAUUAAGCUAAUUUGGUGACUUGGGAACCUAACUAGUUGCAAAGUGGCGACAAGAGGCUCUACCUAUGAUUUUGCCCGUUGGGUAUGUUUGCCACCGAGCGUUGUGGCGGGGUGUUGGCCUCUCGGUGAGGAUUAAAGAGAUUCAAAAGAAGUUGUCUGUGACAGGUGAGGCCUUAAUUGCUAUUGCCAAGAGUGCAGAGAUAAGAGGCAGUAACUAUGAUUUGGCCCGACGGGAAUACCUCUGUAGUUGAGGAUGGAAUUUGGCCUUGUGGGACCGCUAAAUAAUGGCACAUGAAGCCGAAAACUAUCUAGGGCUAUUUAAGGAACCCUUACAGCCAGACCUAGCUAAAUAUAAAUUGUGUAGAGCAAGUGGUUGUUGUAGGAGGGGAGGUAAAAUUGUAUAGCUAGUCAUUUGCAUGGUGACAUGAAAAACAUAAAUGCGAAACAAUAAACUGUGGCAUGAUUAAUUAGACAGACAGAAUAAUUGAACAACAUGACCCCUGUUAAGUAUACGUCAAGGCGAGGGUACAAUCACAAAUGAUCGAGUUGAGGUAAACAGCCGCAAGUUUGGAGCAAGUAGGCAUUGUGACAGAAAGGCAUAUCAAAACAUAACAUUGCGAACAAAUGGAGCAACUGAAAAUUAACAGAUUACCUCGAACGCUGAAUACCUGAUGUACUGAAUGUAGGCCUGAGUUCACACUGCGCAUCCUUCCACUAGAAGGACCUGAAGUAUGUAUGAGAGAGAACACCCUUAGAAAUUGACAACCAUCACAUAAUCGAAUCCCAUAGAGUACUGGAUGAAGCAAUAUACCAGAACUAGCAAGUGAGGUGAGGUUAAAACUGAAACAGUUAAAAUAGUGACAGAACGAAGAGGCCCGGACAUGUUAAAAGCGUAGUGAUAGGUUCUUGGGAGUGUGUUGAAAGAGGGCUCUAUGGGAAAGCCUUGCAUAGGAGUAACGAGGCCGAGUGUAAUAAUGGAAUGUAGUAUGAAAACGUACAUUUAUUAAUUUUUUUGACCCUGUAUAUCGGGAAAUUGGCAUAUGUAAUUGCUCAAACGAGGGGUCGAAAUUUUUGUACUUGUUGCCCCUGGAGGGCCAUAUGUAAUCGAAUUGAGUGAGAUUCAUGUGUAGGGGUAUCGUAGCAGAAGGCAGAGUGCUCAAUGUCAAUACAAUAGAUUAUACAGUGUCUCGAUGUAGGUGACUGGAGACAUAUAAUGUUGCUAAUACUGUGCAAGAAUGAAAUGACAGUAUGUGAAGUAAGGAUAUAAUGUCUACACAAUACUAGUGGGUUUUUGCAGGCCGAGUUAGGGGUUGUAUAGUGUUGUUGGUUUAGGCCUAGCUAGACUAAGUGUUGUAAUGAAACGUUGCAAGAAAAAGUGGUGUGUGUGUGUGUGUGUGUGUAUAUAUUUUUAUAUAUAUAUAUAAAAUCCCCACGAAGCAGGAAGGUACUUAUGCAAAGCACAAAUGAGGGGCUCAAUUGGUCAUAUUGAGGCACCCACAGAGGGCCAUAUGAUAGGAAUGCAAUGAAGGCCGCAUGUGAUGGCAUUGAACCUGAAACAAAACCAGGAAAACAUUUACUCACAACCUUCGCUAUAUGUAAGCAGUUCAAUAUGGGAACAGAGGCCUCUAGAAUGCCACAGUGGCUUAACAGGCUAGCGGCCGUGAUGGCUAUACAUAAUACAUAGGAAAAGACAGGAGAUAUAAGACCUAAAUUAAAAAGACCUACACCUGGAAUGCUUAGGAGAUAAACACUUUUAUGCCUACACAGCUGGCUUGAAGAGAUGAAAGCAACAGCAAAUACAACCAGUAACUACUUUUGUGGUGUGCCAUAUUGUGUCAACAAGAAUAUUAACACACAAAUGCCAGUCAUUAUUCUGAUCUAAUAAUCGCCCUUAUACUUAUUUGUUUUUGUUUUGUUUGUUUGUUGGGUUUUUUUAGGUCUGAUGUCCUCUACAGUCCAAGUACAAAUACUUUUGGAAGGUCUCUUUUUGGUGGUUACUGUUCAACAUACAUGUCUGACCUGGUGCUUCAUGGAUUGAGUACUACUGACAAGCUGAGGCAAAACCUGACUGCUGACUUGGCCCACUCAACACAUGUACGUUACUCUGUGGUAUAGUCUGAUGUGGUUUCUUUGUAAAAAGUGAUCUUUUCUGAAUGAGAGUAGCCUUUCAUUAGUAGAAAGCUGACAUGAUCAAACCUAACUAAUUAACAAUGCCAAAUGGAAGGAGUUCCCCUGUUACUAUAUCUAUCUAAUCUUUUGAACGUUCUUGCAUUUUUGUACGCUAAGUUCCUACUAAAUGUUGUAGGGGCCAACUAAAUGUUUGCAAAUGUUCAUGGUGUAUUUUUACCGAGGCUGUACGCUUCGUUAUGUAGGAUAAGGACUAUCCAUUCUUUAUCACCAGUAAAGCACAGAUGCAUGAGGGCAGCACAGAUCUGAUAAUCUAUGUUUUGUGCAUAGUUUUGACCAAAGAUACUUCUUCUAUAUAAGGGUAUAAAAAGUAAAUUAUCCCUGUGGCUACAAUUCGCAAACAUGUCAAGCUUGUUGCACAUCAUAUGCCUUGCCUGUUUGUGUAUGGUUUUCCAAAGGAAACAUGCUUGCGGGAAAAAAGCCGUUCUCUAAUAUAUUUGAUUAAUAAUUAAAGUUUAUGUUCACAAAGCGGCUUUCAAAUUCAAAGAAGUCACAGAAAUGCAUCUAGUAUUUUGCUACAAAGUUAAAUAACUCCUCUAAGACAAUUUGACUUAAAGUGUUACAAAUAUUGAUAGCCCUCACUUGUCUUUUUCCUUGCAUACAUUCUAAUUUUUUUUUUUUUUUUUUAGAAUCUUGUGCCAUCCUGCUGAUUCUCCCUGUGAAGAGCUUUACAUAAAAUUGUUUCUUUUUCCUGGAUUAGGAUUACCAUUAAAAUAUCUAUAUACAUUGCUAUACACAAACCAGUCAAGCCAUGAGACUUGCUUUUCCCACAGAAAUCUCACUUUAGCAGUGCUCUCACUACUGCAAGGGAUUACUGUAGGCGUAUGCACUUGAGCUCAACAAAGAACCACAUUUUUGCCUCGUAAUUCCAUUUUAUACAUGGAUUCAACCUAGAAUGUGACGGCAGAUAAGAACCAUUCAGCCCAUCUAGUCUGCCAGUUUUCUAAAUACUUUCAUUAGUCCCUAGCCUUAUCUUAUAGUUAGGAUAGCCUUAUGCCUAUCCCACGCAUGCUUAAACUCCUUUACUGUGUUAACCUCUACCACUUCAGCUGGAAGGCUAUUCCAUGCAUCCACCACCCUCUCAGUAAAGUAAUACUUCCUGAUAUUAUUUUUAAACCUUUGUCCCUCUAAUUUAAGACUAUGUCCUCUUGUUGUGGUAGUUUUUCUUCUUUUAAAUAUAGUCUCCUCCUUUACUGUGUUGAUUCCCUUUAUAUAUUUAAAUGUUUCUAUCAUAUCCCCCCUGUCUCGUCUUUCCUCCAAGCUAUACAUGUUAAGAUCCUUUAACCUUUCCUGGUAAGUUUUAUCCCGCAAUCCAUGAACCAGUUUAGUAGCCCUUCUCUGAACCCUCUCUAAGGUAUCAAUAUCCUUCUGAAGAUACGGUCUCCAGUACUGUGUACAAUACUCCAAGUGAGGUCUCACCAGUGUUCUGUACAAUGGCAUGAGCACUUCCCUCUUUCUACUGCUAAUACCUCUCCCUAUACAACCAAGCAUUCUACUAGCAUUUCCUGCUGCUCUAUUACAUUGUGUGCCUACUUUUAAGUCAUCAGAAAUAAUUACCCCUGAAUCCCUUUCCUCAGAUGUUGAGGUUAGGACUCUAUCAAAUAUUCUGUACUUUGCCCUUGGGUUUUUACAUCCAAGAUGCAUUCUCUUGCAUUUAUCCACAUUUAAUGUCAGUUGCCACAACUCUGACCAUAUUUCUAGUUCACCUAAAUCAUUUGCCAUUUGGAUUAUCCCUCCUGGAACAUCAACUCUGUUACAUAUCUUGGUAUCAUCAGCAAAAAGACAUAGACAUACCUCAUCAAGACCUUAUGCAAUAUCACUUAUAAAAAUAUUAAAGAGAAUGGGUCCAAGUACAGAUCCCUGAGGUACCCCACUGGUAACAAUCCCAUGCUUCGAAUAUACUCCAUUGACUACAACCCUCUGUUACCUGUCACUCAGCCACUGCUUUACCCAUUCAACAUUAUUAGAAUCCUUAAAGAUUGCAGUUUAUUGAUAAGCCUUCUAUGUGCAACAGUGUCAAAAGCCUUACUGAAAUCUAGGUAAGCAAUGUCUACUGCACCACCCUGAUCAAUUAUUUUAGUUACCCAAUCAAAAAAAUCAAUAAGAUUAGUUUGGUAUGAUCUCCCUGAAGUAAACCCAUGUUGUCUCUGAUCUUUAGAUGUUCAACAAUCCUAUACUUUAACAUGGUUUCCAUUACUUUCCCCACUACUGAAGUAAGGCUUACUGGCCUAUAAUUGCCCGACUCCUCCCUACUACCUUUCUUGUGAAUGGGCACAACAUUCGCUAUCUUCCAAUCUUCUGGGACUACUCCUUUUAACAAUGAUUGGUUAAAUAAAUCUGUGAAUGGUUUUGCUAGUACACCACUAAGCUCUUUUAAUAGCUUUGGGUGUGUUCCAUCAGGUCCCAUUGACUUAUUUGUCUUUACUUUUAACAGUUGAAAUAGAACCUCUUCCUCUGUAAACUCACAUGUAACAAAUGACUCAUUUGUCCUUUUCCUAACUGAGGUCCCUUUCAUUCAUUUUCAUUCCUUGGAGUAUGUGUCUGCUGUAUGCAACAGCUUUGAAACACAACUCAGGAACAACUUUUUUGAUAUAUAUUUUAUUAUUAUUAUUCUUUUUUAUUUAUUAAAUUUUUUAAUGGUAAUCCUAAUCCAUGUAAGUACCUAUUUAUUUAUUUAUUUAAAAAAAAAUAUUCCCAAAGUAAAUGAGCUUAAGAAAUCGUGUGCACAUAACAAAACUUAUCCAUGACUUUAAUAGUAUUGCUGUUCUCCAAAACCUUUCCUAGUUUCAGAAUGUAUUUUUGUUAUCUGGCAACCAAAGUUAUUGUGAUGUCUUGGCAAAGAUUUAUGAAAGAGGCAAUAUUCUAUAUGCUCCCACGCACUUAUUCCUUUUUAAUACAUUACAAUUUGCUUGUCUUUUUCUGACACCUGACAAUGCUCACAGCUGCUAAGUCUGUUGUUUCAGUGACCCUUGUCUAUACAGGAUUUCCCAAGUAAACAAUCUCAUUAUUAAUAAUUAAAAUGCUUAUUUUUCUUUUCAUAUACAUUAUUGCUUUUUAACGUGGGCUGCAAUUUUACUACCCACUGUCCUGUUUUGUCUAAUGACGUUUAAAGGAAAAAAAUAUUGCUGCUCUGUUAUAUAUUUUUUUUUUUUUUUUUCUUACAUAAUGUGGUCUAAUGCAUCUUUAUGGUGCAUUGUUUUCACAAUUCUCAAAAAAAUGUUGCCUGUUAUUUAGUGUGACAAUGUUUGUUUAACCACUUUGUCCUCUUUACAUUUAACUUACACAAGUGCUGUUAUUGUCUCUAAUUAGGAUUCAAUUUAACAUAAUUCCAGAAUGUAACAUUAGAGCACUGGAAAUUCAUUAUUCUAAGCAACGGAGUAGUAACUUUUAUAUUAAAUAAAAUACAAAAAAGUGGAAAAACAACAUUACGUAUAAAAAUAAAUAUAACCAACUGGAAAGGGUAGGAUAUUGAAAGAUCAUAGAUGUCCUUGGGAUCGAUAAUAUAACAUAGCGUAAUACUGUAUAGAAAAUAAAGAAAGUGAAAUAUACGAAGAAAACUCAGACAUAUGGUAAAUUCAGGUUUGUCACCCUCCUAGGGGUACACACAGAUGUAUUUGCAAGAUGUUGCUCAUAUAUGGGUAAUCUUCCAAUAAUGCAUAAGGAGAAAAGAAAAAGCAGCAAUGGUGAAGUACAGUAAAAUCACAAAAGGAAUUUAUUAGAAUGCAAUUACAGACCAACGUAGACAAUGGGCAUAUCUCCACAUGGAGUGGAACUUAGAUGAAAGUGUGGUACUGGAAACCAGGCAUAGAUGGAAAUAAACUAAAACCACAUAUAUAAACAAAUAAAAGAAUAAGCGUAUACAAGUCCUCAAUAUAUCAAACGCGCUUUGUCCUACAGCUUGGACCUCCUCAGGGAUAUAAGUUCUUCUCACCAGGAAUGCUUCUUAAAUAUGCUGGGAUUGAUAGGUGAUGGAAUCCACCUAAAUUUGGCGUGUGUUCCACCCUGGAACACAUUGACGCUUAUCCUGUGUGUCUCCCAGUGGCGUGAGCUGAUGAUGUAUUCAUAUGAAUGAAAUCCAAAGUUUGUGCACAUGCGUGGACUGUUCGAAUGAAGUCCAUCGUUAGUGCGCAUGCGAACGACCGAUUCCAUGUGUGCACACAUGUAUACGAAAACCAUGCGCACACUCGAAAACCACGCUUCCAUCUUUGUUCCACUCCAUGUGAAGGUAUGCCCAUUGUCUACGUUGGUCUGUAAGUGCAUUCUAAUAAAUUCCUUUUGUGAUUUUACUGUACUUCACCAUUGUGGCCUUUUCCUAUCUCCUUGUGCAUUAUUGGAAGACUACCCAUAUAUGAGCGACAUCUUGCAAUUACAUCUGUGUGUAUCCCUGGGAGGGUGAUAAGCCUGAAUUUACCAUAUGUUUGUGACUUUUUUCAUAUAUAUUUCACAUUCUAUAUUUUCUAUACAGUAUUACACUAGGUUGUGUUAUAAUUUUUUUAUAGAUCCCAGGAACUUCUAGGAUCUUUCAGUAUCCUACCUUUUCCGUGUGGUUAUAUUUAUUUUUAUACGUAUUGUUGUUUUCCCACUUUUUUUGUAUUUUAUUUGGUAUUUGGUGUGUGUGAGGGACCAUUUGGAUCACACUUAUUUAUUUAUUCUUAUUAGUGUGUAUAUAAUUUUGCUGUAACAUUCUUUGUUGCUGCAGCUUUUAUAUUAGGCAAAUGUAACUUAGUGACACUGAACACUUAUCACAGGUUAAAUGGACAUUAUAGCCACCAGAACAACUACAGCUUAUUGUAUUUGUUUCUAUCAGUAUAAUCAUUCCCUUCAGGCUUUUUGAAGUAAACACUGUCUUUUAAGAGAUGUAUUGAUUCAAUGUAUCUCUAUGAGGAGAUGCUGAUUGGUCAGGGCUGUGUUUGGCUUGUGCUGGCUCUGCCUCCUUGACAAUCUCCGCCAAUCUAUCUUCCUAUCGGAAAGCAUUGUGAUUGGCUGAGAUCAUAACUUCUAAUGAUGUCAGCCAAGCAGGCAGAGCCAGCAGAAGGCUGGAAUAAAGGUAAGAUUUUACUAUAUUUAGGUGGGGCCAUGGGGACUAGAUGAUGUUUUUAACACAAUAGGGUCAGGAAUACAUUUUUUUGUUCCUGACCCUAUAGUGUUCCUUUAAAGAUUAAACUAAUUUUAGCAUUAACAUGAGUAGCAUUUCAGCAGAUGCUGUCCUAUAAGUCUUACUGUAUGGUGUAUACAGUUGUGUUAGUUACUAUUGUCUCUUGUUUUCCAUUGACCAUUUUCCUUACCGUCUUUCUCAAUUCUAGCACCCUGUGUUGGACGAGCCUUUAGCGGAAGCAGUUUGCAUUGUAGCCGAUACUGAAAGAUGGAGCGUUCAGGUAGCUAGCAGCCAGAAGGUAACUUUGGACAACACAAAGAUCGGCACAGAUGUCUUGGUGUCUAGUCAAGUCUACAGUUUGCUGCAGUCUAUUUUGCAGCUUUACAAGCUCAGGACUCCACCUGCUUUUGUAAGUUCCUAGUAAUUUUUUAUUUAUUUUUUUUUAUUUAUUUUUUAUUUUUUUAAAGAAUCUUGAUUGUAUCAUCCAGAGGACAAGGUUCCAAACUUAAGACGGAUUGUUAAAUUCUUAGAAAAAUGCAGGAAGGAACAUCUAACAUUCAUUUAUGUAUUUAUAAAAUAUUUUACCAGGUUGGAUACAUUGAGAUUUCUCUUGUUUUCAAGUAUGUCCUGGGUGCAUAAUAACCUCCAACUUUGAAGUCUGUUUCACCUGAGUGUUAUUAUAUACAGCAUUACUAUUGAAACAUGGAAAAGUAUAGUGAGCUCUCUUUAAAAAUGACUGUUGAUACUUACCUGAUCCCUGGGAUUUGUCCAUGUUUAGCUACUUUGUUAGAGGUGCAGGAUUAACAUAAAACUGAACCUCUUGCCCCUUAGUAAUGAGUUAUAUAAAUGAUAACUUCUAAUACUCAUGGGUACCAAUCGUGUCUGAUUCUCUUCUGUUCCAACAGUGUGUGAUGCAUCUAGAGGAUAAGCUGCAAGAGUUAUAUUUUAAGAGUAAAAUGUUGUCUGAAUACUUGAGAGGGCAUAAAAGAGUCCAUGUAAAGGAGCUUGGUGUUGUUUUAGGGUAAGUAUUUUUCAUAAAAUUUUAACCUCUUGUAAUUUUAAGUGGUUCACAGUAACUAAUCUGGAUAGACUGGAUUGUUAUAGCAAUGGUGCUCCUACAUCUUACCAGUGUUGGUUCUAUAUGUGACAACGAUUGUAAGGGAUGACUGGCUCCACGGAGGAGCAAAAUAAAUAGUUACAGGGGCAUAUUAAUCGCAAUAACCAUUGCAGCUCAUGUAUGGCCGACUGUGUUGGUGCGGGUUAGCCCAAUAUACUCUGUAAGAGUUAGACAUGUCAAUGUGGCAGUUAUCUUCAGCAUUAGCCGAGCUGCAGAAAAGGGGCUUAUUUUUAGGCUCCAGAGGACCAUUUUUUUGUCAAACUGCUUCAGAACCGAUUAUCUCAAACUAUGAAGGAUGUUGGCGUCUGAAGGCUUUUUGCAAAAACUCUGGAGAAACUAUACAUUUUUUUUGUGUGUGUAUGUGUGUGUGUGUGUGUGUGUGUAUAUAUACACGUUCAAUACUUUGUUUAUCAUUAUUUUUUCAAUAGCUAUAAUGUUUGGGUGGUUUUGUGUUCCUUCAUCACUUUUGUUUGGAGAAGUGAUGGAGGAACAAUAAAAUUAUUUUAAUUAAAUUUUUUUAGAGGCCUUUUUUCCUAUGUUUAAUUCACUCCACUUUAUAAAUCAUGUACUUAUGGAAUGCCAACAAGUUAUAUUAUUAAGUUUGCUUGUGGUUUAAAAUUCAAAUGUUGCAAUUUCUGUCACAAAGGCCCAAGAAGAAACCUUGUAUGGUGACUGCAGUUCUACUAAAUUUGUCUUGAGGUUUUCUAAUACAAAGAUAGAAGUGUGAGCCUUUACUGAUGCCUUAUUUUGUGUUUUGGAUAUUAAUCUAGAUGUAAUACACCUGUGUUCUUUUCUUUGUUUCAGGAUUGAAUCAAACGAUUUACCUCUUUUGGCUGCGGUGGCAAGUACCCAUUCCCCUCACGUUGCCCAAAUACUUUUAUAAGCUACAUUUUGCAAAUCACAUUUCUUUAUACUGAAGAGAACAGAGACGUUCAGCAAGAAAGGAGAGGCACACUCUAGAAGCUGGACUGAGAAGAGCGGGAGCUGAUGCUCCAAUUUAUUCCCCUGUCUCCUCUCUUGGAGACUGUGUUUUAAUGUUUACAUGGAGUAUAAGGCAUUAUGGAGUUCCCUGUAGCAGAAGUGUUGCUUCACUGGGAAAUAUUUACAGAAUUUGGGGAGAAAACAUAACACUACAGCAGUGGUAUUUAAUUUUGCAUUGUAAUGUGGCUGGCCAACAGCCUGUCCGUGGAUAUUUAUUAGGUUUGUGAUCUCUAAAUGGUUAUUGGAUGGAAGCAUGUUGUCAUUGUUUCUGUAGCAUUGUUGGUUCUGAAAGUAAGAACUUCAAAUGAUCGUAUUGCAUUACAAAUUCUCUCCACUGUGGGGAGAGGAGGAGUUUAUAACUAAACUUUCACACUGGCACUCAAGUUGCACUUACCCUCAAAUAUGAUGCACCAUCCCAUUCCCUACCCCUGUCAGUUCUCAUCCAUUCCCUUUUUAAUAAAUAAUCCGUAAACACCAAGUGGGUAAAGAAUCCCAUCACAUUCUUGCACUUGGGAAGCACCGAACAUUAAAUCUUUCUCCUAGUUUUGUGUUUACCAAGUUCAAACAUCAGCUACCAAUGUAUAUUAUUUUGUUGGACCUCUGUAGGUUCGUUUUGGCCACAUUGCCUAGAACUUAGUGAACUGCCACAGUCUAGAAAUAAUCUUGCAAAAGCCAUUAACAGAAACUGCAGAUGUGCAUAUACAACCAGUUUUUAAUAAAUAAUUGCUUUGGAUUUUUGUAAGUCAAAAUGUGGUCCUAUCAGUAGUGACUUCCGUGUGUUUUGAAGUUAGGUAAACAGACCCCAGUAAUUAUUAUUUAUCUAUGAAAUGUAAUUUCCGUUGAUAUCACUACAAGAUCUAAUUUCCUUUAUGCCAUGAAGCUCGAAGACUAGAGUUUGCUUCUAGAGCCUUUGUAUGUCACUCAUACUGCCCAUGUACUAAACAACCAUUAAUCACUCCAAGUGAUAGACUUUCACAUUUAAAUAUUAAACAAGACAAAAUUCACUAAGAUUUAUUUCAAAUUGAUGUCAAGUCACUUUAUUGACAUAGCAGGUAUGUAUCUCUUCAGCUGGUAAGCUAGCUACAUCUUCCAUGAUUUUGAUGAAGAGAUGAAGACUUACAGUUUGGCUUCUCCUUCAAUCUACGGUCUAAAAAACACAAUGAAAUUGUAGCAUGUAAUGUGUGUUUUGUUUUUUUUUAUUAGUUUUUUUUUUUACCCAUUUUAGUUUCUUUAUGUUCUGCAUGGAAAUGUGCAAUAGACUAGUUAUUAUUUGCAAAAUAUAGCUUUUACCUGUGUGCAGUUAAGUAGUUGCUGACACAAUAAUUGAUCAGUAAAAUUACCUGGAAACAAUUAUUUUUGCAUUAAAUAAUAAAAAUAUAUGGGUCACACUGAAGAACACAUGCAUUCUCAACAAUUCAUUGAUAAAGCUGAUUUUAGAUCCGUUUUAUGAAAAAAAUUUCAAUGUUUUUUGGCUUGGCACGGUAUUUUGUUUUUUUGUUUUUUUUUAAACACACUGGAAAGUUUCGUAAUUUUUCCUGUGAAAAUUAUUCAGGUAUAACAUGCCUUAAAAGGGGUGGAAAUUGAAAUACAUUACAACAAAACAUAUUAUCCAAUCACCGUAACAGUGGUGAUUGUCACAAAGACUGGGUAAGAUUCUACAUGCUGCUAACUAUGUACCACUUAAUUUGGUCAAUACUACCAAUAUCCAAUUCACAUACCUACACCUGUGCCUUUUUUAAUUGGGUAUAAGUCUUUUUAUAUCCCAAUGGUAUGAUGUUUGUGAUCAUGUAAUGACAAUCCUAGAAGUCUAAUUUCUUAAAGCAACUCACCAGAGAAACAAAGCGUACAGUUUAUAUGGACUUGUUUUAUUGACAUGGGGUCAGUUUUAGGUUUGCAAAAGCUCAUCCAUAACUGCCAAAUAAGACACAUUUGUGUAUAGCGUGCAACAUAUGGUUUAUGCUGCAUGGGAACAUUUAUUUACAGAGCUGGUGUACUGUACUCUUGUAAGACAAUGGGAGUAGCUGGAAGAUGACCACACUUUACAACUUUAAUUAACUAGUGGCAUUUGUACUUAGUAGGGGUUAUUUAUAAAUAACUAUGGGGGAGGUGGAGAGUUCUUAAAAAUGAAACAAUUCCAAGGGAAAGAGCAUGGAUUCUCACUGUGAUUGUUGCCCUUUUAAGAACUUUAUCCAGUAAUUUGUUUUGUGUAAGUAACCCCUGCUACGUCUUCGCUUUUCAUGAACAGUGCUCACGUGUUUGUAAUCAUGCACACAUGUGAGAAUGCUUACUGCUUUUGAUCUGUGAGCGCAGAGAUGGGUAUUGGAGGAGGUGUACAAAUAUAUUUUCAUUGUGCUGUUGUAACCUUUUGUUAUGUUUUGUCAUGGAGGGACCUAUUCUGGUUUUUAGUAAAUGUGGUUACGUUCUAAAAUUCAUGCUUCACAUACAGUGUGCUAAAUAGAUGUAAAGGGAAUUUGGGUAUGAAUUUCACAGCUGGAAAUUCUUGCUUUCUAAUUGCACAUCUUACUAGUUUUAAAUGUAUACAACAGUUAUUUAUUUUGUUUAUAAAGCUUUGAGUACCACUUUAUACAACCACAAUUAAUACUAAAUGAAACAAAUUUUUAAAAAAUUGCAUGUACUUGCAAAAACACCAAUAGGAUCCAAAUUGACCUUCGCCACUGUCUUUUCUGCACAAUACUACCUCAAAGUUUGUGGCUUAGAGUACUGUCUAACAUGUUUUUAUUUAAUAAAAAAAUAUCUUUCAGCAUGUUAGCCCAGAAAAAUGUUGGCUUGCUACUAUUUCUUAUAUGGGAGAUUAAUUUAGGGGGAGGGGAGAGGAGGUUCGUAGGGUAUGACACUAAAUUGUAUACAGAGACUGAACACUAAUUUUUGGUGUCCGUAUAUCCCAGUGAUGUAAUCUGUAGUGUAUGUUGUGCUUGUGGAAUUAUUGACAUGCAUUUUUUGUUUUUUGGGGGUUUUUUUUCUCUCUUUUAUCAGUAUUUUAGCAGGGUUAGUGUUAAUUAUAGAUUGCCAAUGUUUUAAUUUAUUUCAGAAAUGUGUACUCCUUGAAAGCCACUUUGUGGCACUGAGUUAACCUUGAGACCAAACCUUCUGGGGAAAAAAGGUCCGUCUGACAACAUUCAAGCUUGGCUUGAUUCUUAUUUUUAUAUUUCAUAGUUAAUAAAUGGUUUUUCUUUCUUUUGCAGCAGUUUGCUUAGUUUAUACUGUAUGGUGAAAGAGGGCCAAAUCUGUAGGUCUGUUAAUUACAGCUGAUUAGUUAAAUUUAGUCUUCUUCACAAGAAUAGUGAACCUAAAUACACUAGAAAUUUAAAAGUGCUGCUCAUGUUUGACUGCACAUUAUUCUUCCUCUCUACACUCACACAAUAUGCACUGUUUACUUCUCAAACAGCUUUUGACUUUUGGAAAUAUUUUAAAUGUGCUGUAUAAUUUUCAAUAUAGUUAAUGUGGAAUUCGGUGCAAUAAACUUAUUUUUUUUUUCUAAUAAAAAGCAACAUGCAACCAUAUCUUGGUCUUAAAAUUGUGUUUCUUUACUUAAAAUCUUGUGUGAACAUGCACCACUUUU